UUGAAUAAAAAUUUUGUGGCAUUCUUCGCUCGCACCUCAAAAACGAUCGACGUCUUGGUUUCAGUCUCGGGGAUUAUGACUUGAACCAAUUCUUAUAGAAAUUAAAGAAAAAUAUAUAAUACAUAUAGAAAAAUAUUAUAUAUAUAAAGAAAUAAAGAAUUAUAUUGAAAAAAAAGAAGAAAUUUAAACCAUUUUAACGAAGUUUUAUAGCUUUAAAUCAUAAAGCAAGAAUUAUACAAGAAAUUAAUAAAAAAAAGCUUAAUUUUUAUAUAUAAAAAAAAACAAAAGUCCAAAAUAAUAAGUGCAGCUUUAAAAGUGCAAUAAUAAAAAAACACACGCCUUUUAGCGUGUUUGUUUUGAAUUUUGUUUUGUUAAUGUGUUAUAUAACGAAUUGAAAAGAACAAAAAAAAAAAACAAAAAUGCAACGACAAAAUCCGAAUCAACAACAUCAUCAACAACAACAACAACAGCAAAUGUACCAGCAGCAACAACAGCUGCAACAACAUCAUGAACAACAAUUUAUGCAUCAACAACAGCAAACCAUAAGCCGCAGCGAACAUCAUGUUCAAAGGAGUCAAGUAACCACUCAACAAAGAGUGGAACAACAUGGCGGCGGUUAUGUACAACCAGCUUUGACACACAUCUAUGCACAGGGCGACAUCUCACCACCCGUAUUCGAACAAAUUUUCAAGAAUGCCCGUUUCGCUCAAGGCGGCAAUGCCUUGUUCGAAGGUAAACUACGUGGCAAUCCUAAGCCAUUCGUAACAUGGACCCGAAAAGGCGCACCACUUCUCGAGUCGCAAAAGUUCCGUAUGAGCUAUAAUGAAGCCACCGGUGAGGUAUCGCUGCUCAUCAAUCAAAUUGGACCUGGCGAUGAGGGUGAAUACACUUGUACGGCUCGCAAUCAAUAUGGUGAAGCCAUUUGCAGUGUUUAUAUUCAACCAGAAGGCGCACCCAUGCCUACCAUCCAACCCAUUCAGAAACAAAUGGACAAGUCCAUUUUCGCCAACGGUUACUCGUUCUCCUCCACUAAGGAAGAGUUCCGUGUGGAUACCUUUGAGUAUAGACUUUUGCGUGAAGUAUCCUAUAGAGAGGCCAUUACACGUCGUUCGACUUACGAACAGGACUAUUAUUUAUGCCAAGAAUUGGAUCGCUCUAUGGGACCAGCUCAUGCACCACAAAUUGCCCAGAAACCUCGCAACUCUAAACUGAUUGAGGGUUCUGAUGCUGUGUUCGCCGCAAAGGUUGGCUCCAAUCCCAAGCCACGUUUAACUUGGUUCCACAAUGGACAACGUUUGGUACAGUCCAACAAGUAUGACAUCUCAUACUCGAGCGGUACAGCCACUUUGCGUGUUAAGAAAGCCAACUACAACGAUGCUGGUCAUUAUACUUUGCUGGCAGAGAACACCCAAGGUUGUGUUGUGUCUUCUGCUGUGUUGGCCGUUGAGCCUGCUGCUGAGUCGGCCCAUGAACCAAAGCCUGUUGAUGCUACGGCAGAACAGCUGGAAGCGGGCAAGGCUUUGCCACCCACUUUCGUUAAGUCCUACGGUGAUCGCGAAAUCACUGAAGGUCGUAUGACUCGUUUCGAUUGCCGUGUUACUGGCAAUCCUUAUCCUGAGGUAUACUGGUUCAUCAACGGUCGCCAGGUCAACGAUGAUGCCGCUCAUAAGAUUCUCGUCAACGAAUCCGGUAGCCACUCGCUCAUGAUUACCAAUGUCACACGCAUGGAUGCCGGCGCUGUCCAAUGUUUGGCUCGCAACAAAGCCGGCGAGGUUGCCAUCGAGGCCCAGUUAAAUGUGCUCGAGAAAGAACAAGUUGUCGCACCACAAUUUGUUCAACGCUUCAGCACUAUGACUGUGCGCGAGGGUGAACCUAUUACCAUGAGCGCCAAUGCUAUUGGCACUCCUAUGCCUCGUAUUACCUGGCAAAAGGAUGGUCAGCAAAUUUCAUCAACCGCUGAACGUUUUAUUGGCAUUGAUGGUGGAGCUACUUGUUUGGAGAUUCCACGUGUCAAAGCUUCUGAUGCUGGCUGGUACCAAUGUACUGCACAAAAUAUUGCCGGUUCUACAGCCAACCGUGCUAGACUCUAUGUAGAAGUUCCCAGAGAACAACCACCCGUCGAACAGAGACGUCUUAAUUUACCAAGACCCACGAAGAUUAUCGAACCAGAGCCCCAACCUGGUCCAGAAAUUAUUUAUUUGCGUCAUGUUGAACGCGCUAAGCCUCAUUUACGUCCUGGUGAGGAAGACCGUGUCUACCCACCGCCACAGUUCAUUAUACCACUACAAAAUGUGCAACAAGUUGAAGGUGGCAAAGUUCAUAUGGAGGCCCGUAUUGAACCUGUUGGCGACCCCACCAUGGUCGUAGAAUGGUUCCUUAAUGGUCAUCCUUUGGCAGCUAGCUCUCGUGCUACCUCCGUAUUCAAGUUCGGUUUCAUUGCUCUCGAUUUGUUGAGCAUUAUGACCCACGAUUCUGGUGAAUACAUGUGCCGCGUUACUAACGCCGCCGGUAUGGCAGAAUCUCGUGCCAUACUCUCCGUUACCCAACGCCCUUCAAUUGAGCAAACUUCUCAACAUCCCAGCAGCUUGCAAUACAUCAAUCAAUUGGAGGAUUAUUCACGUUAUCAACGUCAAGAAAGUUCCGAGGAACUUAUGAAUCAACCCCCUGUCUUCAUUCGCCCUCUUAAGGAUUUGGGUGAAUUCGAAGAAGGUAAAAAUGUUCACUUUGAGGCUCAAGUUACUCCAGUCAACGACCCCACUAUGCGUGUAGAGUGGUACAAGGAUGGUCGUCCUAUUACUGCCAGUUCACGUAUUACAGCUAUUUUCAACUUUGGAUAUGUCUCUUUGAAUAUUUUGCAUUUGCGUGCUGAAGAUGCAGGCACCUACACUGUACGCGCUGUCAAUCGCAUGGGAGAAGCCAUUAGCUCAUCUACCAUUCGCGUACAUACCAGAUCUCAAGUUACCGCUGAUUUGGGUAUUCCUGAGCAACAGCGUUACAUCGAAAAGGUUGAAGAAUUGGAAGGUUAUAGACAGUCUCAACAACGUCGCCAUGCUCAGGAGGCACCCGAACCAAUUGCUCCACCUCAAUUCAAAACUCAAAUUCAAAAUCAAUUGGAUAUGCGUGAAGGUGGACACGCCCACUUCGAGGCUCGUUUGGAACCUACCGGUGAUUAUACUAUGCGCGUUGAAUGGUUCAAGGAUGGCCAACCUUUGGAAGCCAGUUCUCGCAGCACCACCUUCUUUAACUUUGGUUAUGUUGCUCUUACCAUUAAGCAACUUACCAUUUACGAUGCCGGCACCUACACCUGCCGUGCCUACAAUGCCAUGGGCCAAGAUACUACUACAGCUCAAUUGACCGUCAUCUCUAAGAAGGAAAUUGUUUCCGAAUCUCAACAUCCCGGUGGUUUGGAGAAGAUCCAACAUUUGGAAGACUCUUCUCGCUAUGGCCGCACUGAGGAAGAAGAGACUAAGAUCACUCAAAUUCCUCGUUUCUUGGGACCCAUGAAGGGUACCAAUAAGAUUAUCGAGGGACAAAAGGCCCAUUUCGAAGCUCGUGUUGAGCCUCAAAGUGACUUGAGCAUGAAAAUUGAAUGGUAUCAUAAUGGUCGCGCCAUUACUGCUGCCAAUCGUAUUCAAAUGUACUAUGACUUCGGUUAUGUUGCCUUGGACAUUUCUCAAGUACGUGCUGAGGAUGCUGGUGUUUAUACCGUUGUCGCCAGGAACAAGUUAGGUGAAGCUCAAUUGCAAGGAACGAUGAUAGUUGAAACUCGUUCCAGUAUUGACACAUCUAGCAUGCACCGUGGUUUGUAUGAAAAAACUCAACACUUGGAAAAUAAACAAUUUGUUGAGCCUCACUAUGAUAUCGAAGAAAUUUCGAAAUCCAAACCCAUCUUUGUUCAACCAUUGUCAGACCCUAAACCCAUCCAUGAGGGUAAGAACAUCCAUUUGGAAUGCCGUUUGGAACCUAUGGGUGAUCCCACUAUGCGUGUUGAGUGGUUCCAUAAUGGUCGUCCCAUUACUGUAGGAUCUCGCUUCCGCACUUACUAUGAUUUCGGCUUUGUAGCCUUGGACAUUAUUCAAGCUACAUCUGCUGAUUCUGGUGAAUAUACUUGCCGUGCCACCAACCACUUGGGUUCAGCUCACACUUCGUCUUGUGUUCGUGUUAUUGAUCGUUCUGAUAUUGUUACCGAAACUCAGAAUGAAAUGUCUUUGGAACAAAUCCAAAUGUUGGAAGAUGCCUCUCGCCGCCGUCAUCACAUGGAGGAGGAAAUCACCGUUAUGCAAGCUCCUCAAUUCACCAGAGCUUUGCACAACAUUGAAACCAUGGAAGGUACCAAUGUUCAUUUGGAAUGCCGCUUGCAACCUGUUGGUGAUCCUAGCAUGCGUGUUGAGUGGUUCGUAAAUGGCAAGCCAGUCAAGACUGGUCACCGUUUCCGUCCAGCUUAUGAAUUCGACUAUGUAGCCCUUGAUCUUUUGGGUUGUUAUGCUGCUGAUUCUGGCGUUUACACCUGUCAAGCCAGAAAUCAAUUGGGUGAAGCUGUUACCUCUUGCUCCGUCCGCAUCAUUGCCAAGAAUGAUUUGAUUUUGGAAACCCAAAAUGAGUCUGGUUUGCAAAAGAUUGCUUACUUGGAAGACUCUUCCCGCUAUCGCCGUAGCGAAUUUGUCGACGAAGAAGUAGUUAACAUUCGUCCUCGCUUCCUUACUCAACCCAAGAGCCUUAAUAACAUGCGUGAAGGUGGUCACGCUCACUUCGAGUGCAAGAUUGAACCUGUUACCGAUCCCAAUCUUAAGGUUGAAUGGUACAAGAAUGGCCGUCCCAUUACAGUGGGUCACCGUUUCCGUCCCAUUCAUGACUUUGGCUAUGUAGCCUUAGAUAUUGUUGAUCUUAUUGCUGAGGAUUCCGGUGUUUACACUUGUCGCGCCGUCAACUUGAUCGGUUCUGAUGAAACUCAAGUGCAAUUACAAUGCCGCAGCUCGGAACAAAUUGUGACUGUUACACAAAAUGAAGCCGGCUUGGAACAAAUUCACUACUUGGAAGAUCGUUCCCGUUACACUCGCCGCGAAGAAGUCGAUGAGUCUACUAAACAAACUCCUGUUUUCACUACUUCCUUGAAGAAUGUUGAAAUCAAGGAAAAUCAACGUGCCCACUUUGAGUGUCGUUUGAUUCCUGUUUCGGAUCCUACUAUGCGUGUUGAAUGGUAUCACAAUAACAUGCCCUUGAAGUCCGGUUCUCGUUUCACCGAAACAAACAACUUUGGCUUUGUAGCUUUGGAUAUUAUGUCCUGCUUGCCUGAAGAUGCCGGUACUUACACUUGCCGUGCCUAUAAUGCUGUAGGUGAAGCGAUCACCUCUGCUGUGGCUGUUGUUCACACCAAGAAGUCCAUCUACUUGGAAUCUCAACACGAAAGUGCUUUGCCUCGCUUGCAACAUUUGGAAGAAAGCAACAAACGUCAACGCAUGAGUGCUCAAGAGGAAAUUAUUUCUCAAGCUCCAGUUUUCACUCUUCCUGUACGUGAUUCUCGUGUUGCUGAGGGUCAAGCUGUACACUUUGAAGCCCGCUUGAUUCCUGUUGGUGAUCCUCACUUGAAGGUUGAGUGGUUACGCAAUGGUCAACCCAUUGAAGCCUCCAAUCGUAUUACCACCAUGCACGAUUUCGGCUACGUUGCCCUCAACAUGAAGUAUGUUAACCCAGAAGAUUCUGGUACUUAUACAUGCCGUGCUACCAAUGAACUUGGACAAGCUGUCACUUCUGCUUCUUUGAUUGUUCAAUCUAAGACUUCCAUCCAAAUGGAAACUCAACAUGAAGCUGCCAUGCACAAGAUUCAUCAACUUGAAGAUCACACUCGUUACCAACGCCGCGAAGAAGAGGAAUAUGUUGUAACCCAAGCUCCUCGCUUUGUUACCAAACUCAUCGGUCCCAGCAAUUUGGUUGAGGGACAAAGCGCUCAUUACGAAUGCCGUAUUGAACCUUAUCCUGAUCCCAAUCUUAAAGUUGAAUGGUUGCACAAUGGUAAGCCAUUGAAUACCGGUCACCGUUUCCGUACCACCUACGAUUUCGGUUUCUCCGCUUUGGAUAUUUUAACCGUUUAUGCUGAAGAUAGCGGUGAAUACACCUGCCGCGUUACAAAUAACUUGGGUGAAGCUGUUAACUCCAUUCGCUUGAAUGUACAAUCUAGAUCAUCCAUCAUUCAGGAGACUCAACAUGAAGAAGCCUUGCAAAAGAUUCAGUAUUUGGAAGAUGAGUCUCGCUUCCAACGCAAGGUUGAAGAAGAUCAAUAUAUGACUGAACGUCCACAAUUUGGACGUCCUUUGCGUAAUGCUAAUACCAACGAAGGCAAACCCGUACAUUUGGAAGCCACUCUUACACCUGUAAACGAUCCUACCAUGAAGGUUGAGUGGUACUGCAAUGGCAUCCCAAUCCAAACUGGCCAUCGUUUCAAGACCACCUAUGACUUUGGCUUUGUUGCCUUAGACAUCUUGUAUGCCCAUGCUGAAGAUACAGGAACUUACAUGUGCAAGGCCAAGAAUGCCGUAGGGGAAGCUGUCACGACUUGUGCUGUAAACGUAACAGCAAAUAAGACAUUGGAUCUCGACACUCUUGAUGCCGAGCGUUUGGAAAAGAUUCGUCAAUUGGAAAGCUAUGCUGCUCCCAAGAAGGUCGAAGUUGAAGAGAAGGGUCAAAAACCCAUCUUCUUAACUCCUCUCAGCAAUUUGGAACAUCUUAAGGAAGGCGAACACGCUCAUUUGGAGUGCCGUGUCGAACCAAUUAAUGACCCUAAUUUGAAGAUUGAAUGGUUCUGCAAUGGUAAACAAUUGCCCUUAGGCCAUCGUUACAGAACAACACAUGAUUUCGGUUAUGUUGCCUUGGACAUUCUCUAUGUCUAUGGCGAGGAUACUGGUACUUACAUGUGCAAGGCUACCAAUUUGCUUGGCGAAGCUGUCAACACCUGUAAUGUUCGUGUUUUGAACCGCCGCAGCAUGAUUUUGGAUACUCAACAUCCUGAUGCUUUGGAAAAGAUUCAAAAACUAGAAUCUAAGGUAGUUACAACACGUACUGAGGUUAGCGAUCAACCCAUUAGCCCACCACAUUUCACCGCUGAAUUGCGUGGUACCACCGAAAUCUACGAAGGACAAACCGCUCACUUUGAAGCUCAAGUACAACCUGUACAUGAUCCUAACUUGCGCAUUGAAUUCUAUCACAACGGAAAACCUUUGCCAUCAGCUUCUCGUUUUCAUAUCACUUUCGACUUCGGCUAUGUAGCUUUGGAUAUUACCCAUGCCGUAGCUGAAGAUGCUGGUGAAUAUUCCGUUCGUGCCGUUAACGCUUUAGGUCAAUGCGUAUCAUCGACCAAUUUACGUGUUAUUGCGCGUGGUACCAUCAUCUCGGAAACCCAACAUCCUGAAGGUUUGGAAAAGAUUCGUAAGUUAGAAUCUACAGCUCCAUUCCAACGUCCUGAGUUGGAAUCUCCCGGAACUAGACAACGUCCCGUAUUUACUCAACCCUUGCAAAACAUUGACCGCAUUAAUGAACAUCAAACUGCUCACUUCGAGUGCCGUUUGAUUCCAGUUGGUGAUCCCAACCUUAAGGUCGAAUGGUACCGUAACGAAAAGAUCAUCGAGGAUAGUUCUCGUAUUACUAAACAACACGAUUUCGGCUUUGUUUCUUUGGACAUUUCUCAUAUCCGCAAGGAAGACGAAGGUGUUUACAUGUGCCGUGCCGUCAAUCCUCUUGGUGAGGCUGUCACCACUGCCUCUAUGCGCGUUGUUUCUGAGGCUAGUAUCCAAAUGGAUACUCAACAUCCUGAUAGUAUCAGCCGUAUUCAUCAAUUGGAACGUCCAGCUGCACCUCGCCCCGUCGAACCAGAACGUGCAUUUGAGAAGCCUAUUUUCACUCAACUUCUUACUGGUCCUUCUGAAUUGUGGGAAGGACAACAUGCUCACUUUGAAGCUCGCGUUGUACCAGUUGGUGAUCCAUCUUUGAAAUUCGAAUGGUACAUUAAUGGCGUUGAGUUGCAGAUGGGUUCUCGUUUGAGAACUACUAACGAUUUUGGUUUCGUAACACUCGAUAUUAACUCUGUAGUACCCGAAGAUGCUGGUGUCUACAUGUGCCGUGCUUACAACGCUGCCGGUGAAGCUGUCUCAUCCACUGCCAUGAAGGUUAAGACCAAAUCCAACAUUAUUGGUGAGCCAAUGAUUCCUGAAUCUUGGGAAGCUGUCCGUCUAAAGGAAGCUUCUAUGAACCGUGUUCCAGAAAUGUUUGUCGAUACAACACCUCAACAAGCUCCUGUCUUUACCACUCAUUUGCAGAGCUUCGAGAAGCUCGGUGAAGGUCAACACGUACUUUUGGAAGCUCAAGUAGAACCUCGUGCCGAUCCCAACUUGCGCAUUGAAUGGUUCAAGAAUGGUAUUUCACUUACCACUGGCUCUCGUAUUCGCAGCACCUUUGACUUUGGUUUGGUCACUUUGUCCAUCAAUGGCUUGCGUGCUGACGACUCUGCCAUUUACACUUGCAAGGCCACCAAUCAAAUGGGUGAAGCCGUUUCCACCUGCUCACUUAAGAUUGAAGAUCGUCAUUGGUUGCAAGCCGAAUCUUUGCAUCCUGAUUCUUUGCCUCGUAUUGGUGAACUUGAAGCCCCCAAACCUGGACGCCCAGAAGCUCCAGAACCAGUAUACGAAACUCCAGUCUUCAUUACUCACUUGAACAAUAUCGAUUGUAAGGAAAGCGAUAACGCCCGCUUCGAAUGUAAUGUUGAACCAUCUCGUGAUCCUACCAUGAAAAUAGAAUGGUUCUAUAAUGGUCAACCAUUGCAAGCCGCUGCCAAAUUCAAGUCCAUCUAUGACUUUGGCUACUGUGCCUUGGAUAUGUCCAACCUUUAUGCUGAAAACAGUGGCGUUUACACUUGCAAGGCUACCAAUAGCAAGGGCUCAGCCACUACCUCCGGCACACUCAAGUGCACAAGUGGUAAGAUCAUGUUCUUGGACACUCAACAUCCUCAAGGUGAAGCUGGUUUGGAAGCUGUUAAGGAAACCGAAGAAGAAUUGGCUAACCGUUACAACCGCGAAGUUGUCAAACCUGAAACCCACUAUCCUCCACCAGUCUGGACUAGACCUUUGCCAGCUGAGUUCCACUUGUCCGAAGCUCAACCUCUACAUUUGGAAGCAAAUGUUGAACCUAAAGAAGAUCCUAAUCUAUUCAUUGAAUGGUACUUCAAUGGCAAAUUGUUACAACACGGUUCUCGUUUCAAGAUGACAAGUGAAUUUGGUUUUGUUACCAUGGAUCUCAUCGAGGUCUAUGAACGCGAUCAAGGUAUUUACACCUGCAAGGCCUACAACAAAUCGGGUGAAGCUUUUACCACCACUACCAUUUACUGCUCCAGCAAGGAUAGUAUCAUUGAACAAACUCAACAUCCUAAGGGUGCUGAAGGUCUCGAACAAAUUCAAGAUUUGGAAGAAUCUUUGCGCAAGGAUGGCAGCAAACCUGAAAAACCAGAAGAAGGUAUGGCUCCACGUUUCACCACUGAAUUCGUUAACAUCUCGGAUGUUGGUGAGGGCGAGAUUGCUCAUUAUGAAGCCAACCUCGUACCCACCGGUGACCAGAGCAUGGUUAUUGAAUGGUUCUUCAAUGGCAAAGUACUUGAAGCUAGUCACCGUGUCCGCACCAUCUAUGCUUUCGGUAUGGUUGCUUUGGAAAUUUUGGGAACCAAGAUCGAAGAUACUGGUACCUACACAUGCCGUGCUACCAACAAAUAUGGCUCUGCUGAAAUCAGCUGCACUCUUGAGUGUGUUGAUAAGCCACGUGGCCAGAAACCUCGUUUCACUUCCCAAAUUCAAUCAUUGGAAGGUCUUAAGGAUGGUCAAUCUGCUCACUUUGAGUGCACUCUUAUUCCUGUCAAUGAUCCUGAACUUAAGGUUGAAUGGUAUCACAACGGCAAGCUUAUGCGUCACUCCAACCGUAUUAAGACCGUUUCCGAUUUCGGUUAUGUUGUCUUGGAUAUUUCCUAUUUGCAAGAUCAUGACAGCGGUGAAUAUGUUUGCCGUGCUUACAACAAAUAUGGCGAAGACUUUACCAGAGCUACUCUUAACUGCCGUGGUCGUGGAGGUGUAUUCUACGACAGCUUGCAACCCGACUCGUUGCAAAGAAUUAGAGAGUUGGAGUGCCCACAAUUGCCAGGAGAGGCUGUUGCCCCAGUUGUCGCUGAACCACCCAAGUUUAUUACUCACAUCAAGGAUGUUACCAAAUUGGUUGAAGGCCAAAGUGUUCACUUUGAAGCUCGUCUUACUCCUAUUACCGAUCCUGAUCUUAAGGUUGAAUGGUACUUUAAUGGCAAGAAAUUGCCACAUGGUCAUCGUUUCCGUACUUUCCACGAUUUCGGUAUUGUUAUUUUGGAUAUUUUGUACUGCUACGAAGAAAACUCCGGUGUUUAUGAAUGCCGUGCUGUCAACAAAUAUGGUGAAGAUGUAACUCGUGCAACACUCACCUGUUCUUCCAAGGCCAAUUUGAUUUUGGAUUCCCAAUUGCCACGCGGCAUGGAAGGUGGUUUGGAAAAGAUUGCAAACUUGGAAUACAGCAUGGUACGUACACGCGACGAAACUGUAGAGGAAACUAAGGGUAAGGCACCAGUGUUCACUGUACCUUUGGAGAACAUUGACAACUUGCGCGAAGGUGAAAAUUGCCACUUUGAAGCUCGUGUAACACCCACCGAUGAUCCUAGACUUAGAGUUGAAUGGUACUGGAAUGGUCGUCCUUUGAAGGCCGGUUCUCGUUUCCGCACGUUCUGCGACUUUGGUUUCGUCAUUUUGGAAAUCUCUCCCGUAUAUCCCGAAGACUCUGGUGAAUACUCUUGCCGUGCUAUUAACGAGUACGGUGAAGCUGUAACCACUGCCACCAUGAAGAUUGCCGGUAAACGCAGCAUCAUCAUGGAAUCCCAAUUGCCCAAGGGCAUGGAAGGUACCAUUGAUCGUAUUGCUGAAUUGGAAGGUUUGGGUGUACGCAACACUGAAUUCGCUCCCGAAGAUGAUACUGGCAAACCACCAGAAUUCAUUACCACUCCCUUCGAUAUGGUCAUCAAUGAAAAUCAAUUGGCUCACUUUGAAUGUCGCUUGCAACCCAUCAAUGAUCCCAGCAUGCGUGUCGAUUGGUUCCAUAACGGCAAAGCCUUGUGGGCCGGUUCCCGCAUCAAGACUAUCAAUGACUUUGGUUUCGUAAUUUUGGAAAUUGCCGGCUGUUAUCAACGCGACUCUGGUUUGUACACUUGCAAGGCCACCAAUAAACAUGGUGAAGCUACUGUCUCGUGCAAACUUCAGGUUAAGGGUCGCCAAGGCAUUGUCAUGGAACCACAAUUGCCUUCCAACUUCCGCACCGGUACCGAAAGCUUGCAAAAACUCGAAGAAAACAUGCACAGGAGAGAGGAAAUCGUGGUCGAUGAAGAACAACCCAAUCCACCCAAGUUCAUUGAAGAAAUCAAGGAUAAUUUGGAUGUUCAAGAAGGUGGUCCCAUUCACUUUGACUGUCGCGUUGAACCGGUGGGUGAUCCCACUAUGCGCAUUGAAUGGUUCUAUAAUGGCCGUCCUUUGCCUACAGGUUCUCGUGUACAUCAAUUGAAUGACUUUGGUUUUAUUGCUUUGGAUAUUGAUUAUAUAUACGCUCGCGACUCUGGUGAAUACACCUGCCGUGCCGUUAACAAAUGGGGUGUUGCUACCACCACUGCCAAGGUCACCUGCAAGGGUAAGGGCAACAUUGUCUAUGAUACUCAAUUGCCUGAUGGCAUGACUGCCGAAAAAUUGAGAGAAUUGGAUCGUGGUCGCAUACCUGAAGUUGUACAACAGGAGGAGGUCGAAUAUGGACCACCCAAGUUCGUUACAGAAAUCGCCUCGGUGACUGUUGAAGAAGCUGAAGCUGUACGUUUUGAGUGCCAAGUAGAACCCAAGAAUGAUCCUAAUUUGCGCAUUGAAUGGUACCGUAAUGGCAAGCUUUUGCCUUCCGGCCAUAGAUAUAGAAAUAUUUUCGAUAUGGGUUUCGUAUCAUUGGAUAUUCUGUAUGUUUAUGCUGAAGAUUCUGGUGAAUAUGUAUGUCGGGCUUAUAACAAAUAUGGUGAAGAUCGCACUAAGGCUACUAUUUCCUGCAAACAAUUGCCUUCGAUUAUGCUACAAAAUCAAGUACCACGUGGCAUGAAACGUUCCGAAACUCUGACCCAAAUGGAAGCCACCAUUAAGAAGUACACAUCAGAAGUGCACUUAACCGAGGAUGAUCUUUUCGAUCCUGAUCGCAAGCAACCACCUCGUUUUGUUACUCAAAUCAAGGAUCAAACCAAUCUCACCGAAAUGGCUGUUACCAAGUUUGAGUGUCAAUUGGCUCCAGUGGGUGAUCCCAAUAUGAAGGUGGAAUGGUUCUUCAAUGGCAAACCACUGUUGUACAAGAACCGCUUCCAACCUAUUUAUGAUUUCGGUUAUGUAGCCAUGAACUUUGGCUGGGUUUAUCCCGAAGAUAGCGGUGAAUAUGUCUGCCGUGCUACCAACUUGUAUGGCAAGGAUGAGACCAGAGCUUUUAUUAAGGUUGCUGGUAAACCAGGCAUUGUCUACGACUCACAAUUGCCCAAACAUAUGCAUAGUAUUGAUCGUAUUCGUGAAAUGGAAGCCUCUUGGCAAGUUGUUCCCGAGGAAGUUGAUCCCGAUGCAAGACCUAGAUCGAAACCUGUGUUUGUUAGCAAAUUGGAACCACAAACCGUUGAAGAGGGCGAACCUGCACGAUUCUGUGUUCGCGUUACUGGUUAUCCACGUCCAAGAGUUAUGUGGCUCAUCAAUGGUCACACUGUGGUUCAUGGUUCUCGUUACAAGCUUACUAACGAUGGUAUGUUCCACAUGGAUAUACCCAAGACCAGACAAUACGAUACCGGCAAAGUUGAAGUUAUUGCCCGUAACUCUGUGGGUGAGGCUAUUGCUACCACUGAACUUAAUGUAGUAGCCCGUUCCGAUGAUUAUCGCGGUGUCCUUAAGAAUUCACCACGUCCUUGGUAUGACUACGAACUAGCUUCCUAUCAAAAGGAGCGUCAAGAAAACGAACUUGAAAAGGUGUUCGAUGAACGUAAACAAUACUUGGCCGAACAAAGUGGCACCCUUAAGGGUGUGGAACACUUGAAACCUAAACAAAUCAAAUCGGAAGCUCCUGAAUGGCAACAGUCCGUGUUGAAGAAGAAGAAUGAAGAUUACUACAGCAAGAUUCAUGAAUUGGAAACUGAGCAACUGUUGAAGGAAACCAACUUGCGUGCUGAGACUCAUCAAUAUGCCAUACCUGGAGAAAAGAUUGUCAGCAGUUCGGCUGCCAAGGGCAUGGCCAAAUCCUAUGAAGAGAAUUUGGAAGAAACCUCUACUACCACCAGCUCUACCAAGAAGGUUAUGCAAAAGCCUCCAAUUGAACCCUCGGAAUCUUCAGUCCAUGGUCGUGAAGUUCAUAUGAACAAGCAACAACAGACCCAAAAGGAAGUUGUGGGAGAUUUGGAAAUUACCCGCAAGAUUACCGCCACCGAAACCACUGAAAUGGAACACAAGGGCACCAUUCAAGAACGUGUUGUUAAGGGACCCGUUCAACCCGCCAAACCACCAGUCUUUACUAAAAAGAUUCAACCUUGCCGUGUCUUUGAAAAUGAACAAGCCAAAUUUGAGGUAGAAUUCGAUGGUGAACCUAUGCCCACUGUCAAAUGGUUCCGUGAGAAUUUCCCCAUUCAAAGCUCGCCGGAUUUGCAAAUCCACACCUUUAGUGGCAAAUCUAUCUUGAUUAUCCGUCAAGUAUUCGUAGAAGAUUCUGCUGUAUUCUCUUGCAUUGCUGAGAAUCGUGGAGGUACUGCCAAGUGCAGCGCCAAUUUGGUGGUGGAAGAACGUCGUCGUGGUAAAGGAGGCAUGACUCCUCCCAGCUUUGUUACCACCAUUCAAAGCACCACUGUCACCACCGGUCAAUUGGCUCGUUUCGAUGCCAAGGUUACCGGUUCCCGUCCCAUGGAUGUUUACUGGCUCAAGAAUGGCAUGAAGAUUCAACCCAGCAUUAAGUUCAAACUUCUCGAAGAGGACAAUGUUCACACUCUCUUGAUUAUCGAACCCACCGUCGAAGAUAGUGGUCGUUAUGAGUGUGUUGCUGUUAAUGCUGCUGGUGAGGCUCGUUGUGACGGUGACUGUACCGUUCAAUCAACCGCCAAGCCUGACAAACCCACCACUCCCGGUUCGGAGAAGGCUCCCCAUAUUUUGGAACAACUCAAGAGUCAAUCCGUUGAAGAAGGCAGCAAAGUCAUUUUCCGCUGCAAGGUCGAGGGUAAACCUACACCAACAGCACGCUGGAUGCGUGGCGAUAAUAUUGUGAAACCUUCACGUUACUUCCAAAUGACUCGUCAAGGUGAAUACUAUCAGCUUGUCAUAUCCGAGGCUUUCCCCGAAGAUGAGGGCACCUAUAAGUGUAUUGCUGAAAAUAAAUUGGGUAGCAUACAGACUAGUGCCCAGCUGAAGGUGCGUCCCAUUGAGAAUUUGGAUGCUCCACCAACCAUUACCGCCUUGAAGGAUGUCUCCGUGAGCGAGGGUAUGCCAGCUCAGUUUAAGACAACCGUUACCGGCAAAGUGAAACCAACUAGUGUUCAGUGGUUCCGUGAAGGUGCUCUCAUACCGGAAACUCCAGAUUUCCAAAUGAUUUUUGAUGGUAAUGCAGCAGUACUUUUAAUCGGAACUACCUACGAAGAAGAUUCGGGUAUAUUUACAGUACGUGUAACCUCAUCAACAGGACAAGCUGAAUCAUCGGCCAAACUAACUGUAAAAAAACGUCGCAUCUCGGCCUAUCAGUUGCAUACAAUUGAUUCCGUCGAAGAUGAAUCAUCCUCCUCUGGCAAGGAGGAUAGUUCACCCGAAUCGCCUUAUCAUCUACAGCCACAAGCACCACAAUAUGGUCAGUAUUUGAAUGCAAACGGUCAAGUGCCACACGAGGGACGUUCACGCACCAAGAAAACAAAACCACGCAGUAAAUCCCUACAACCACAAUCCAAUAUAGUACCAUGGCGCAAGUCUACACGUCCCAGACGUGGUCGUUCUUUAGAUAAAUCACCCUUCUUGCCAGGUUUCAAACCGGAACCUGUUAAAUCUUGGACCGAAGAAACUAUAAGUCUCAAACCGGCACCCAUAGAAAAGAAGGUUAUACCCAAAUUGGAAGCCGCCAAGGUUGUACUCAAAUCCAUUAAGAGUCAACGUGAUCAAGGUUUGGAAAGUAUUGGUGCUACACUCGAAAAGAUUAUACAAGGUAAAACCGAAAAGGAGGCUAUUCCUUGGAUAAACAUGCGUGAGAAAUUGAAACAAGUCGAAAAAGUACAACAACAAUUGAAUAAAUACGACCUCGAUGAAGUCUAUCUAAGACCUUUGGAAAUGCCCAUAAAUACAGAUCAACCAGAACCUCAACAGGCCACAUCCGAACAAAUACAACGUGAUCGUGAAAUUCAACGUUUGAAGAGUAUGGAAAGUGUAGAGAUUAUGGAAAUGACAGAACAAAUUGAAAAGUUGAUGAGUCAACGUAAAGAAGACACUAUACCAUGGAAGGAAAUGCGUCAACAUUUGAAGAAGGUACAGCGUGUACACAAGGAAAUUGAAAAGUUCCAAAUCGAAGAGGUAGAACUUCGUCAUCUCGAGGCUCAAGAGAUAAUAACACAGGAAACACAAACCGCCACCGAAGAGACAGUAGUCAUGAUGGUUGACGAAAGCUCUAAGGGUUCGAUACAAAAGGUUAUUCAAAAGCAAGAUUUGCAGAAAUAUAUUGAAGUAGACGAUAUUCACAAGCAACAGUAUAUGACCACCGAAGAUAUUAGUAUGUUAAGCAUACAAGAACGUGAGAGAUUGCAGGCACAAAGACUAAUGAAAGAACAACAAGCUCUAAACUGGCGUCAUUCUAGAGAACCACAACAAUAUGUGCAAAUAGAGGAUACUCAAAUGAUGUACAUACAGGAACGCCAAGAUACCGAGGAACACUCUUUGACCCAACCUGAGCCCGUAAUGUGGGAUCGUGGCAGGAAGAAGCCUCAACAACCACAAGAUUACGUUCCACAACCCCAACAACCGCAACCAACUGAACAAGUUCAACCCAAAACCUACGAGGAAGUGCAUGAUGAACUAGUGGAACCCACUCCUGUUCAAAAGCCUGAAGACCUCGUGCCCGUCAUGUGGGAACGAGGUAAGAAACAGACCGUCAUUCAACAACAACAAGUCUUUGACAUCCAACAAACUCAACAAAUCUCUGAAGAAACAAAGAUUGUUGAGGAAACUAAGAAGAUUACACAGAAACGUGUAAUACAAGCUCCCCAACAGCAGGAGAAGAUGGAACAGGUAGUUUUGAAACCCACACCUCGUCAAAGACCAAAACAAGUACAAAAAGAAGAAUUACAGCUUCAACCACUUAAACGUACCCAAGAAGUGAAAUCGGUUGAAGAACAACCUACUAAAGCUUACGAAGAGGCUGUUGAUACUUUGGAGGAGGAGGAAAUUAAACCUCAACCACAAGAAGAAUUACAACCGGUAAUGUGGGAAAGAGGUAAGAAGAAACCAACCACUACACAAGAACCACAACAGCCUCAAAAGGCUUAUGAAGAAGCGGUAGAUGAGCUGCCAGAAGAACCACAACAGAAACUUGUUGAAGCACCUCAACCCGUGCUGUGGGAACGUGGAAAGAAGAAACCCUCUAAAGUACAAGAAACACCACUUGAGGAACAGCCAUCAAAAUCCUACGAAGAAGCUGUUGAUGAACUAACUGAAGAACCCAAACCACAGCAACCCGAACAACAACCCGUUAUGUGGGAACGUGGUAAAAAGAAGACACAACAAGUGCAAGAGCAAAUAACACAAGUUGUGCAAACUUCCGAAGUUACCCAAGUCGCAGAAGAACAAAGAAUCGAAGAAGUCAAAAAGAAGGUCAUUCCUAAAGUAAUUCCACAACAAAAGGAAGAAAAGGUAGAGCAAGUACAGUUGAAACCGACACCACGUCCCAAGCCAAAGGAAAAACCUAAGGCAGAAGAAAUACAAUUGAAACCAGUUAAACGUACCCAACCAAUCAAGACUCAGGAAGUUGAAGAACAACCAGAAAAGGCUUACGAAGAGGCGGUAGAUACUUUAACAGAAGAACCUGAAGUACAACAACCUGAACAACCACAACCAGUUGCCUGGGAAAGAGGUAAAAAGAAGAAGCCUGUGCCACAACAAGUUGAAGAAGUGACACAAGAACAACCCGAAAAGGUCUAUGAAGAAGCUGUUGAUACUUUGCCAGAACAGCCAGAAGAACAGAAACCAGAACAACCCCAACCUGUUGCCUGGGAAAGGGGCAAAAAGAAGAAACCACAAAAACCUGCACCACAAGAGGUAGAAGAGCCCGUUCAAGCUUACGAAGAAACUGUUGAUGUUUUGCCUGAAGAACCCAAGGAAGUACAAGUUGAGGAACCUCAACCAGUUAUGUGGCAGCGCGGCAAGAAGAAACCAAAGAAACCAGUCGAAGAAGAACCUCAACCAGAAGAAGUUGUUGUCGAAGAAGAAGCUAUUCCCGUAGAAGAAGAGGAAGAAGAAAUUAAGGAAACCACUAAAGUUAUUAAAAAGAAGAAGGUUAAGAAACCUAAGACAAAGCCAACAACUGAGGAAGAAGAAAUCGUUGAAGAUGAGACUGAGAUUGUAGAAGACAUUCCACAGGAAGAAAUGGAAGAAGUUCAACCUGAGAAACCUGAAGAACCCAAACGUGUUAAGAAAAUACUACCUCAAGAACCCGAAAAGCCCGAACAGGUUCAACUUAAACCAGUACCAAGAAAACAACUUCCCAAACCACAAGAAGAAAAGAUUGAACAGGUUACACUUAAACCUAGGAAGAAACCCAUGGUACAAGAAGAGACAGCUCAACCUGAAGAAGCUGAAAUUGAAGAAUUUGAACAACCACAAGAAGAACUUGUUGAAGAGGUCGAGGAAGAAGUUACCAAGAAACGUAUCAAGAAGAAGAAACCCAAGAAGAAGCCGGUAGAACAAGAAGACGAAGAAACUGUACAGGAACCAGAAGAGGAAGAAGUUGAAGAAAUCGAAGAAGUUAUUCCCGAAGAACCUGUACCGGAAGACAUUGUUAGAGAGGAAGAAACACCCAAACAACCAGAAGUUGUGGCCAAACCUAAACCAAAGCCUCAACCAGUUGAAGAAAAGUUGGAAGAAGUUAAACUUAAGCCUACUAGGAAGCCUAUCAAGCAAUUGCCUCAAGAGGAAACAAUUGAGGAAGUACGUCUCAAGCCGGUUAAACGUGGUACUCCCAAGCCUGAGGAGCAGCAGCUGGAAGAAGUUGUUUUGCAGCAUGUAGAAAAACUUGAAGAUGAAGUUGUGGUUGAAGAACAAAAGAAAGUUAAAAAGAUUAAGAAGCCCAAACACAAAGAUCUACCCGAAAUUCCUGAUGCUGAACCGGUGGAAUUGGAAACAGCUGAACAUAUUGAGCUAGAAAAAGAACCUAAAGUGGAAGAGCCUCAACCACAAGUACCAUGGAAACGUGGCGAAAAGAAGAAGCCUGUGGAGGAACCUAUGGAAGAAAAGCAAUGGCCUACCGGCAAACGUCGUCCUUUGGCUGAGGAACAACCGGAAGAAGUAACAUUGAAACCAAUACCCGCCAAACCUAAAGAAGAACCACAGAAACCACAAAAGGCUGUGCCGGCACCCGAAUUCAAACCUGAAGAAAAACAACCUUCAGAAGAAAAGGAAUUGGAAAUUGAGCCUGUUCCUGUACAGGAGGAAGAGAAACCCACUAAGGAGAAACCCAAAAAGAAAAAGAAGCCCAAGUUGCAAAAGGGUACUCCUUCUGUCGAUGAAGUUUCCGAGGAAAUUGCCGAACCAUUUGCUGAACCCAUUGCCGAAGAAGACCAAGUUGAGGAAAUACCCAUUGAAGAUAUUAAGGAAGUAGCUGUUUCAGAACAGGUACUACCCGAGGAAGAAUUGGUGCCCACUGAAGAGUUACCAACAUCCAAACAAAAGGCUCACAAGAAACGUACCAAACGUCUCAAGGCAGUUUCAUUUGAAGAACAACCACAACUGCUAGAAGCCACUGUCAUUGAUACGGAGGAAAUUGUACAAGAGGAGGAAAUAUCCCAAGAAGUAUCACAAAAGACUAUACUACUUAACAAGAAACCCGAAGACACUAGACCACAAUUCAUCACCACCGAACAACUAAUCGAAGUUGAUGUGGAUGAGGUCAAACGUAAUGUCGAAAUGAAGGUUACCUCUAAUAUUGUCAAGAAAGACAGACGUCGCAUUAUCAUGGACGAUAGCCAACCUUUACCCGAACUUGAAUUGAUAACACAAAAACGUGUACAAGAAGGUUUGGAUAAGGUGGCCGAUGAGGAAGUUAUUGAAGAGGAACCUAUCAGACAAAACGAGGAAACCACCACCGCCGAAGUGGUCGAACAAACACGCAAGGUUGUAAAGAAGAAAAAGAAGGAAAUCAAACCUCCACGUAUUACCGAAAAAUUACGACCACGCAUGUGUGUACCCGAAGAACCCACUGUGCUGGAGUGUAAGGUUGAAGGUAUACCUUUCCCUGAAAUCAAUUGGUAUUUCAAUGAUAUCUUACUGUUUGCAUCAGAGAAAUACGAACUUAAUGUGGUGGAAGAUGUGGCUCAAUUGAAAAUUGCCAAAGUUACACCAAGUGAUGUUGGAAUUUAUACUUGCGAAGCUAAGAAUGUCGGCGGCAUUGCGACCACACGCACUAAUAUUGUUUUAGAAAAAGAACAGGGUAUUGCGCCACAAUUCACCAAACCCUUGAAAAUCGAAUUCAUUGAGGAAAAACAACCCGAACGCCUUAAGGUUCAUGUUACUUGCCAAGUAACUGGCAAACCCAUGCCCCAAGUUAAAUGGUAUCGCGGUGUCGAAGAGGUCAUACCCAGUGAAACCGUACAAAUGUUAUACAAUGAAGAGACCGGUGAUAUUGCCUUGGAAGUCAUUAACCCCACUCCCAAUGAGGCUAUCACCUAUUCAGUACAAGCUCAAAAUCAAUUUGGUCGUGCCAUUGGCAAUGCCAAUAUCUUGAGCCGUGUUGAUGAACAACCCAAGGAAUUGUUAAAGGCCCCUACCGUUACUCCCCUGAAUGCUUUAGUUAUACCCCAUGGCGGCACUUUAUUAUUCGAGGCCAAAUAUGAUGGUCUACCAAGACCUGAAAUUAAAUGGUUACGUAAUGGUCGUGAAAUUGAAAUCAACGAAGAUGUUACCAUUGAAACCACCGAGACCACUACCACUAUUAAGAUUAUUAAUAUGAAUCGCAAACGUACUGGUAAAUACGAAGUUUGCGCUAAAAACAAGGUAGGUGAGGUCAAGUCCUCUGGUUCUGUUAUGGUUACCGAUGAACAGCAAUACAAGGAAAUCAAACCACCACGUUUCAUUAAACCCCUUAAACCUCAAUAUUUCGGUGAAAAUGAGGUUGCCAUACUCGAGGCUAUAGUCGAAUCUGAACCAUUAUCUUCAUUCCAAUGGUUUGUGCACAAUGAACCCAUUAAGAGUUCCACCGAAUGUCGCAUAGUCACACAGGCUAACAAAUCCACUUUGUUGAUCGCUAACUUUGAGAAGAAAUACACUGGUCCCUAUACCUGUCGUGCCGAAAAUGUAGGUGGUUCGGUAACCUCUACCGCCACUGUGCACCUAUUGGAAGAUGCUCCUCAAGAGGAAGCUGAAUGCUUUGAAUCACCACGCUUCGUAGAAGAACUUAUUGAACCUGUAGAAGUUAUGGAUGGAGAGGCGUUAGAGCUCAACUGUAAGGUGGUGGGUAAACCCACACCCAAGGUUGAAUGGUAUCACAAUAAUGAAAAGAUCGUGGAGAACAAAGAAACUCUUAUUAUACAAGAUGCCCAAGGCCAAUGUCAACUGAAAAUAACCGAAGUUUUCCCCGAAAAUGAUGGCGAAUACAAAUGUGUGGCCGCCAAUAAAGUUGGUGAAACUGUCACAAAGACAACUGUCAAUAUACAAGCAUUUGAAUACAUCCCCGAUUCUGAAAUCACUGGACUAUCAGCAUCGGAAGAAGAUCUUCUGGACAAGACGAUCUCGAUCGACGAACAACCACCGAAGAUAGUUAAAAAACUACCUGAAAAAAUCGAACCCAAAGAGGGUGAACUACCGAAACUGGAAGUUAAAGUUAUCGGCAAACCGAAACCAAAAGUCAAAUGGUUACGCGAUGGCGAAGAAAUCUUUGCUUCCGAAGAAUAUCAAAUCGAAAAUUUCGAAGAUGGCACAUCCGUGCUGGUCAUCAAUAACGUUUAUCCCGAUGAUGUGGGUACAAUUAGUUUUGAGGCUCACAAUCCAUUGGGCGUAGCAGUGACAACAGCUCUGUUUUCGGUUGAAGGCAUUGUUGGUACUAAGGAUUACCGCAAACCGGAAUGGGUGACUCAUAUGGAAGAAAUGCAAAAGGCUCUUAAAGAUACCACACAAACAAAUCACACACCAGAACACACAGAUACACACGAAACAUCACAACAAAUCACAGAAAUGCCUGAGGAAAUUCACGAGGUUGAAACAAUUUCCACCGAUGGUAAACUAACGAAAAAGAAGAUUCGCACUCGUGUCAUUAAGAAAAUCAAGGGUAACAAACAAGAGGUAACCAAGAUCGAAACUGUUGAGGAAGAUGACAAACAACCUGAAACAACAGUUACUGUCGAAGAAACUCCAGUUGCAGAACAACCGAAAGAAGAAGUCAGAGAACUUCCAGAAGAAGUAAGAGUAAUUGAGACAAUUUCUGAAGACGGCAAGCCCAAGAAAAAGAAGAUCCGUACACGCGUCAUCAAGAAGGUCAAAGGCGACAAACAAGAAGUGACUAAGAUCGAAACUAUUGAGGAAGAUGACAAACAACCUGAAACAACAGUUACUGUGGAAGAAACCCCAGUUGAAGAACAACCAGAAGAAGUUAAAGAACUUCCAGAAGAAGUUAAAAUAAUUGAGACAAUUUCUGAAGACGGCAAACUCAAGAAAAAGAAGAUCCGCACUCGUGUCAUCAAGAAGGUUAAGGGUGACAAACAAGAAGUGACCAAGAUCGAAACUGUUGAGGAAGAUGACAAACAACCAGAAACAACAGUUACUGUCGAAGAAACUCCAGUUGUAGAACAACCGAAAGAAGAAGUCAGAGAACUUCCAGAAGAAGUAAGAGUAAUUGAGACAAUUUCUGAAGACGGCAAACCCAAGAAAAAGAAGAUCCGUACACGCGUCAUCAAGAAGGUAAAGGGCGACAAACAAGAAGUGACUAAAAUCGAAACUGUUGAGGAAGAUGACAAACAACCUGAAACAACAGUCACUGUCGAAGAAACUCCAGUUGUAGAACAACCGAAAGAAGAAGUCAGAGAACUUCCAGAAGAAGUAAGAGUAAUUGAGACAAUUUCUGAAGACGGCAAGCCUAAGAAAAAGAAGAUCCGUACACGCGUCAUCAAGAAGGUCAAGGGCGACAAACAAGAAGUGACCAAGAUCGAAACUGUUGAGGAAGAUGACAAACAACCGGAAACAACAGUUACUGUGGAAGAAACCCCAGUUGAAGAACAACCAGAAGAAGUUAAAGAACUUCCAGAAGAAGUUAAAAUAAUUGAGACAAUUUCUGAAGACGGCAAGCCCAAGAAAAAGAAGAUCCGCACUCGUGUCAUCAAGAAGAUUAAGGGUGACAAACAAGAAGUGACCAAGAUCCAAACUGUUGAGGAAGAUGACAAACAACCAGAAACAACAGUUACUGUCGAAGAAACUCCAGUUGUAGAACAACCGAAAGAAGAAGUCAGAGAACUUCCAGAAGAAGUAAGAGUAAUUGAGACAAUUUCUGAAGACGGCAAACCCAAGAAAAAGAAGAUCCGUACACGCGUCAUCAAGAAGGUCAGGGGCGACAAACAAGAAGUGACUAAGAUCGAAACUGUUGAGGAAGAUGACAAACAACCUGAAACAACAGUCACUGUCGAAGAAACUCCAGUUGUAGAACAACCGAAAGAAGAAGUCAGAGAACUUCCAGAAGAAGUAAGAGUAAUUGAGACAAUUUCUGAAGACGGCAAACCCAAGAAAAAGAAGAUCCGUACACGCGUCAUCAAGAAGGUCAAGGGCGACAAACAAGAAGUGACCAAGAUCGAAACUGUUGAGGAAGAUGACAAACAACCUGAAACAACAGUUACUGUGGAAGAAACCCCUGUUGAAGAACAACCAGAAGAAGUUAAAGAACUUCCAGAAGAAGUUAAAAUAAUUGAGACAAUUUCUGAAGACGGCAAGCCCAAGAAAAAGAAGAUCCGCACUCGUGUCAUCAAGAAGGUUAAGGGUGACAAACAAGAAGUGACCAAGAUCGAAACUGUUGAGGAAGAUGACAAACAACCAGAAACAACAGUUACUGUCGAAGAAACUCCAGUUGUAGAACAACCGAAAGAAGAAGUCAGAGAACUUCCAGAAGAAGUAAGAGUAAUUGAGACAAUUUCUGAAGACGGCAAACCCAAGAAAAAGAAGAUCCGUACACGCGUCAUCAAGAAGGUCAAGGGCGACAAACAAGAAGUGACUAAGAUCGAAACUGUUGAGGAAGAUGACAAACAACCUGAAACAACAGUCACUGUCGAAGAAACUCCAAUUGUAGAACAACCGAAAGAAGAAGUCAGAGAACUUCCAGAAGAAGUAAGAGUAAUUGAGACAAUUUCUGAAGACGGCAAGCCUAUGAAAAAGAAGAUCCGUACACGCGUCAUCAAGAAGGUCAAGGGCGACAAACAAGAAGUGACCAAGAUCGAAACUGUUGAGGAAGAUGACAAACAACCGGAAACAACAGUUGCUGUGGAAGAAACCCCAGUUGAAGAACAACCAGAAGAAGUUAAAGAACUUCCAGAAGAAGUUAAAAUAAUUGAGACAAUUUCUGAAGACGGCAAGCCCAAGGAAAAGAAGAUCCGCACUCGUGUCAUCAAGAAGGUUAAGGGUGACAAACAAGAAGUGACCAAGAUCCAAACUGUUGAGGAAGAUGACAAACAACCAGAAACAACAGUUACUGUCGAAGAAACUCCAGUUGUAGAACAACCGAAAGAAGAAGUCAGAGAACUUCCAGAAGAAGUAAGAGUAAUUGAGACAAUUUCUGAAGACGGCAAGCCUAAGAAAAAGAAGAUCCGUACACGCGUCAUCAAGAAGGUCAAGGGCGACAAACAAGAAGUGACCAUGAUCGAAACUGUUGAGGAAGAUGACAAACAACCUGAAACAACAGUUACUGUGGAAGAAACCCCAGUUGAAGAACAACCAGAAGAAGUUAAAGAACUUCCAGAAGAAGUUAAAAUAAUUGAGACAAUUUCUGAAGACGGCAAGCCCAAGAAAAAGAAGAUCCGCACUCGUGUCAUCAAGAAGGUUAAGGGUGACAAACAAGAAGUGACCAAGAUCGAAACUGUUGAGGAAGAUGACAAACAACCAGAAACAACAGUUACUGUCGAAGAAACUCCAGUUGUAGAACAACCGAAAGAAGAAGUCAGAGAACUUCCAGAAGAAGUAAGAGUAAUUGAGACAAUUUCUGAAGACGGCAAACCCAAGAAAAAGAAGAUCCGUACACGCGUCAUCAAGAAGGUCAAGGGCGACAAACAAGAAGUGACUAAGAUCGAAACUGUUGAGGAAGAUGACAAACAACCUGAAACAACAGUCACUGUCGAAGAAACUAGAGUUGUAGAACAACCGAAAGAAGAAGUCAGAGAACUUCCAGAAGAAGUAAGAGUAAUUGAGACAAUUUCAGAAGAUGGCAAGCCUAAGAAAAAGAAGAUCCGUACUCGCGUCAUCAAGAAGGUCAAGGGCGACAAACAAGAAGUGACCAAGAUCGAAACUGUUGAGGAAGAUGACAAACAACCUGAAACAACAGUUACUGUGGAAGAAACCCCUGUUGAAGAACAACCAGAAGAAGUUAAAGAACUUCCAGAAGAAGUUAAAAUAAUUGAGACAAUUUCCGAAGACGGCAAGCCCUUGAAAAAGAAGAUCCGUACUCGUGUCAUCAAAAAGGUUAAGGGUGACAAACAUGAAGUGACCAAGAUCGAAACUGUUGAGGAAGAUGACAAACAACCAGAAACAACAGUGACUGUAGAAGAAACUCCAGUUAACGAACAACACGAAGAAGUUAAAGAACUUCCAGAAGAAGUGAAAAUAAUUGAGACAAUUUCGGAAGAUGGAAAACCCAAGAAAAAGAAGAUCCGUACACGCGUCAUCAAGAAAGUUAAGGGCGAUAAACAAGAAGUGACCAAGAUCGAAACUGUUGAGGAAGAUGACAAAAAACCUGAAACAACAGUUACUAUAGAAGAAACACCAGUUGAAGAACAGCCCAAAGAAGAAGUUAAAGAACUUCCAGAAGAAGUUAAAAUAAUUGAGACAAUUUCGGAAGACGGCAAGCCCAAGAAAAAGAAGAUCCGCACUCGUGUCAUCAAGAAGGUUAAGGGUGACAAACAAGAAGUGACCAAGAUCGAAACUGUUGAGGAAGAUGACAAACAACCGGAAACAACAGUCACUGUCGAAGAAACUCCUGUUGACGAACAACACGAAGAAGUAAGAGAAUUUCCAGAAGAAGUGAAAAUAAUUGAGACAAUUUCGGAAGAUGGAAAACCCAAGAAAAAGAAGAUCCGUACACGCGUCAUUAAGAAGGUUAAGGGUGACAAACAAGAAGUAACCAAGAUCGAAACUGUUGAGGAAGAUGACAAACAACCAGAAACAACAGUUACUGUGGAAGAAAUCCCUGUUGAAGAACAACCAGAAGAGGUUAGGGAACUUCCUGAAGAAGUAAGAGUAAUAGAAACAAUUUCAGAAGAUGGCAAACCCAAGAAAAAGAAGAUCCGUACACGCGUCAUCAAGAAGGUUAAGGGCGAUAAACAAGAAGUGACCAAGAUCCAAACUGUUGAGGAAGAUGACAAACACCCAGAAACAACAGUUACUGUCGAAGAAACUCCAGUUGUAGAACAACCGAAAGAAGAAGUCAGAGAACUUCCAGAAGAAGUAAGAGUAAUUGAGACAAUUUCUGAAGACGGCAAACCCAAGAAAAAGAAGAUCCGCACUCGUGUCAUCAAGAAGGUUAAGGGUGACAAACAAGAAGUGACCAAAAUCGAAACUGUUGAGGAAGAUGACAAACAACCAGAAACAACAGUCACUGUCGAAGAAACCCCUGUUGAAGAACAACCAGAAGAAGUAAAGGUACUUCCUGAAGAAGUAAGAGUAAUAGAAACAAUUUCAGAAGAUGGCAAACCCAAGAAAAAGAAGAUCCGUACACGCGUCAUCAAGAAGGUUAAGGGCGACAAACAAGAAGUGACCAGAAUCGAAACUGUUGAGGAAGAUGACAAACCACCAGAAACAACAGUCACUGUCGAAGAAACACGAGUUGAAGAACAGCCCAAAGAAGAAAUUAAAGAACUUCCAGAAGAAGUUCGGAUAAUUGAGACAAUUUCUGAAGACGGAAAGCCCAAGAAAAAGAAGAUCCGCACUCGUGUCAUCAAGAAGGUUAAGGGUGACAAACAAGAAGUGACCAGAAUCGAAACCGUUGAGGAAGAUGACAAACAACCAGAAACAACAGUCACUGUCGAAGAAACUCCAGUUGAGGGACAGCCCAAAGAAGAAGUUAAAGAACUUCCAGAAGAAGUGAAAAUAAUUGAGACAAUUUCGGAAGACGGCAAGACCAAGAAAAAGAAGGUACGAACUCGUGUCAUCAAGAAGGUUAAGGGUGACAAACAAGAAGUAACCAAGAUCGAAACUGUUGAGGAAGAUGACAAACAACCAGAAACAACAGUUACUGUGGAAGAAAUCCCUGUUGAAGAACAACCAGAAGAGGUUAGGGAACUUCCUGAAGAAGUAAGAGUAAUAGAAACAAUUUCAGAAGAUGGCAAACCCAAGAAAAAGAAGAUCCGUACACGCGUCAUCAAGAAGGUUAAGGGCGAUAAACAAGAAGUGACCAAGAUCCAAACUGUUGAGGAAGAUGACAAACACCCAGAAACAACAGUUACUGUCGAAGAAACUCCAGUUGUAGAACAACCGAAAGAAGAAGUCAGAGAACUUCCAGAAGAAGUAAGAGUAAUUGAGACAAUUUCUGAAGACGGCAAACCCAAGAAAAAGAAGAUCCGCACUCGUGUCAUCAAGAAGGUUAAGGGUGACAAACAAGAAGUGACCAAAAUCGAAACUGUUGAGGAAGAUGACAAACAACCAGAAACAACAGUCACUGUCGAAGAAACUCCAGCUGACGAACAACACGAUGAUCUUAAAGAACUUCCAGAAGAAGUUCGGAUAAUUGAGACAAUUUCGAAAGACGGCAAACCCAAGAAAAAGAUGGUACGCACUCGUGUCAUCAAGAAGGUUAAGGGUGACAAACAAGAAGUGACCAAGAUUGAAACUGUUGAGGAAGAUGACAAACAACCUGAAACAAUAGUUACUGUGGAAGAAACCCCUGUUGAAGAACAACCAGAAGAAGUAAAGGUACUUCCUGAAGAAAUAAGAGUAAUAGAAACAAUUUCAGAAGAUGGCAAACCCAAGAAAAAGAAGAUCCGUACACGCGUCAUCAAGAAGGUUAAGGGCGACAAACAAGAAGUGACCAGAAUCGAAACUGUUGAGGAAGAUGACAAACCACCAGAAACAACAGUCACUGUCGAAGAAACACGAGUUGAAGAACAGCCCAAAGAAGAAAUUAAAGAACUUCCAGAAGAAGUUCGGAUAAUUGAGACAAUUUCUGAAGACGGAAAGCCCAAGAAAAAGAAGAUCCGCACUCGUGUCAUCAAGAAGGUUAAGGGUGACAAACAAGAAGUGACCAGAAUCGAAACCGUUGAGGAAGAUGACAAACAACCAGAAACAACAGUCACUGUCGAAGAAACUCCAGUUGAGGGACAGCCCAAAGAAGAAGUUAAAGAACUUCCAGAAGAAGUGAAAAUAAUUGAGACAAUUUCGGAAGACGGCAAACCCAAGAAAAAGAAGGUACGAACUCGUGUCAUCAAGAAGGUUAAGGGUGACAAACAAGAAGUGACAAAGAUCGAAACUGUUGAGGAAGAUGACAAACAACCUGAAACAACGGUUACUGUCGAAGAAACCCCUGUUGAAGAACAACCAGAAGAGGUUAGGGAACUUCCUGAAGAAGUAAGAGUAAUAGAAACAAUUUCAGAAGAUGGCAAACCCAAGAAAAAGAAGAUCCGUACACGCGUCAUCAAGAAGGUUAAGGGCGACAAACAAGAAGUGACCAGAAUCGAAACUGUCGAGGAAGAUGACAAACAACCAGAAACAACAGUCACUGUCGAAGAAACACCAGUUGAGGAACUGCCCAAAGAAGAAGUUAAAGAACUUCCAGAAGAAGUUCGGAUAAUUGAGACAAUUUCGGAAGACGGCAAGCCCAAGAAAAAGAAAAUACGCACUCGUGUCAUCAAGAAGGUUAAGGGUGACAAACAAGAAGUGACAAAGAUCGAAACUGUUGAGGAAGAUGACAAACAACCUGAAACAACGGUUACUGUCGAAGAAAUCCCUAUUGAAGAACAACCAGAAGAGGUUAAGGAACUUCCUGAAGAAGUAAGAGUAAUAGAAACAAUUUCAGAAGAUGGCAAACCCAAGAAAAAGAAGAUCCGUACACGCGUCAUCAAGAAGGUUAAGGGCGACAAACAAGAAGUGACCAGAAUCGAAACUGUCGAGGAAGAUGACAAACAACCAGAAACAACAGUCACUGUCAAAGAAACACCAGUUGAGGAACAGCCUAAAGAAGAAGUUAAAGAACUUCCAGAAGAAAUUCGUGUUGUCGAAUCUGUUACAAAAGAAGGUAAACCAAAGAAAAGGGUUAUCCGCACCCGUGUUAUCAAGAAGGUCAAGGGUGAUAAACAAGAAGUCACUAAGAUCGAGACUAUUGAAGACGAUGACAAGCAACCUGAAACUACAGUAACUGUUAAAGAGGCUCCUAUUGAAGAACAACCCGAAGAAAUUAGAGAGCUUCCUGAAGAAGUUCGUGUUGUCGAAUCUGUUACUGAAGAAGGUAAACCAAAGAAAAAGGUUAUCCGCACCCGUGUUAUCAAGAAGGUCAAGGGCGAUAAACAAGAAGUCACUAAGAUUGAAACGGUCGAAGAAGAUGAGAAACAACCUGAAACUACAGUAACUGUCGAAGAAGUUCCUAUUGAAGAACAACCCGAAGAAAUUAAAGAGCUUCCUGAAGAAGUUCGUGUUAUCGAAUCUGUUACUGAAGAAGGUAAACCAAAGAAGAAGGUAAUCCGCACCCGUGUUAUCAAGAAGGUCAAGGGCGAUAAACAAGAAGUCACCAAGAUUGAAACCGUCGAAGAAGGUGAUAAACAACCUGAAACUACAGUAACUGUCGAAGAAGUUCCUAUUGAAGAACAACCCGAAGAAAUUAAGGAACUUCCUGAAGAAGUUCGUGUUGUCGAAUCUUUUACAGAAGAAGGUAAACCAAAGAAGAAAGUUAUUCGUACACGCGUAAUCAAGAAGGUCAAGGGUGAUAAACAAGAAGUCACUAAGAUCGAGACUGUUGAAGAGGAUGAGAAACAACCUAAAACUACAGUAACUAUCGAAGAAGUUCCUAUUGAAGAACAACCCGAAGAAAUUAAGGAACUUCCUGAAGAAGUUCGUGUUGUCGAAUCUAUUACUGAAGAAGGUAAACCAAAGAAGAAGGUUAUUCGUACACGCGUAAUCAAGAAGGUCAAGGGUGAUAAACAAGAAGUCACUAAGAUUGAAACCAUCGAGGAAGAUGAUAAGCAACCCGAAACUACAGUAACUGUGAAAGAGGCUCCUAUUGAAGAAAAACCCGAAGAUAUUAAAGAACUUCCUGAAGAAGUUCGUGUUGUCGAGUCUGUUACCGAAGAAGGUAAACCGAAGAAGAAGGUUAUUCGAACACGCGUAAUCAAGAAGGUCAAGGGUGAUAAACAAGAAGUCACAAAGAUUGAAACCGUCGAAGAAGAUGACAAACAACCGGAAACCAAAGUAACUGUCGAAGAGGCUCCUAUUGAAAAACAAACCGUAGAAAUUAAAGAACUUCCUGAAGAAGUUCGUGUUGUUGAGUCUGUUACUGAAGAAGGUAAACCGAAGAAGAAGGUUAUUCGUACACGCUUAAUCAAGAAGGUCAAGGGUGAUAAACAAGAAGUCACUAAGAUUGAAACCGUCGAAGAAGAUGACAAACAACCUGAAACUACAGUAACUGUCGAAGAGGCUCCUAUUGAAAAACAAUCAGAAGAAAUCAAAGAACUUCCGGAAGAAGUUCGUGUUGUCGAGUCUGUCACUGAAGAAGGUAAACCAAAAAAGAAGGUUAUUCGUACUCGUGUUAUCAAGAAGGUCAAGGGUGAUAAACAAGAAGUCACUAAGAUUGAAACCGUUGAAGAAGAUGAUAAGCAACCCGAAACUACAGUAACUGUCGAAGAGGUUCCUCUUGAAGAAAAACCCGAAGAAAUUAAAGAACUUCCUGAAGAAGUUCGUGUUGUCGAAUCUGUCACUGAAGAAGGUAAACCAAAGAAAAAAAUUAUUCGUACACGUGUUAUCAAGAAGGUCAAGGGUGAUAAACAACAAGUCACUAAGAUUGAAACCGUCGAAGAAGACGACAAACAACCCGAAACAACAGUGACUGUAGAAGAAGCUCCUGUUGAAGAAAAUCUCGAAGAAAUUAAAGAACUUCCCGAAGAAGUUCGUGUAGUCGAGUCUGUUUCUGAAGAUGGUAAACCGAAGAAGAAGGUUGUCCGUACACGUGUUAUCAAAAAGGUUAAAGGUGAUAAACAAGAAGUCACCAAGAUCGAGACUGUUGAAGAGGACGAGAAACAACCUGAAACUACAGUAACUGUCGAAGAAGUUCCUAUUGAAGAACAACCCGAAGAAAUUAAAGAAAUUCCUGAAGAAGUUCGUGUUGUCGAAUCUAUUACUGAAGAAGGUAAACCGAAGAAGAAGGUCAUCCGUACUCGUGUUAUCAAGAAGGUCAAAGGUGAUAAACAAGAAGUCACUAAGAUUGAAACAGUCGAAGAAAACGACAAACAGCCUGAAACUACAGUAACUGUUGAAGAGGUUCCUAUUGAAAAACAGCACGAAGAAAUUAAGGAACUUCCUGAAGAAGUUCGUGUUGUCGAGUCUGUUACAGAAGAAGGUAAACCGAAGAAGAAGAUUAUUCGUACACGCAUUAUCAAGAAGGUCAAGGGCGAUAAACAAGAAGUUACCAGGAUUGAAACGGUCGAAGAAGAUGACAAGCAACCCGAAACUACAGUAACUGUCGAAGAGGCUCCUGUUGAAGAAAAACCGGAAGAAAUUAAAGAACUUCCUGAAGAAGUUCGCGUUGUCGAAUCUGUUUCUGAAGAUGGUAAACCGAAGAAGAAGGUUGUGCGUACUCGUGUUAUCAAGAAGGUCAAGGGUGAUAAACAAGAAGUCACUAAGAUUGAAACGGUCGAAGAAGACGACAAGCAACCCGAAACUACAGUGACAGUCGAAGAGGCUCCUAUUGAAGAACAACCGGAAGAAAUAGGGGAACGUCCUGAAGAAGUUCGUGUUGUCGAGUCUAUUACUGAAGAAGGUAAACCGAAGAAGAAGCUUAUUCGUACACGCGUUAUCAAGAAGGUCAAGGGUGAUAAACAAGAAGUCACCAAGAUUGAAACCGUCGAAGAAGAUGAUAAACAACCCGAAACUACAGUAACUGUCAAAGAGGUUUCUAUUGAAGAACAACCCGAAGAAAUCAGAGAACUUCCUGAAGAAGUUCGUGUUGUCGAGUCUAUUACUGAAGAAGGUAAACCGAAGAAGAAGGUUAUUCGUACACGCGCUAUCAAGAAGGUCAAGGGUGAUAAACAAGAAGUCACUAUGAUUGAAACCGUCGAAGAAGAUGAUAAACAACCCGAAACUACAGUAACUGUCAAAGAGGCUCCUAUUGAAGAACAACCGGAAGAAAUUAGGGAACUUCCUGAAGAAGUUCGUGUUGUCGAGUCUGUUACUGAAGAUGGUAAACCGAAGAAGAAGGUUAUUCGUACACGCGUUAUCAAGAAAGUCAAGGGUGAUAAACAAGAAGUCACCAAGAUUGAAACCGUCGAAGAAGAUGAUAAACAACCUGAAACAACAGUAACUGUCGAAGAAGCUCCUAUUGAAGAACAACCCGAAAAAAUCAACGAACUUCCUGAAGAAGUUCGCGUUAUUGAGUCUGUUACUGAAGAAGGUAAACCGAAGAAAAAGGUUAUUCGUACACGCGUAAUCAAGAAGGUCAAGGGUGAUAAACAAGAAGUCACUAAGAUUGAAACCGUCGAAGAAGAUGAUAAGCAACCCGAAACUACUGUAACUGUCGAAGAGGCUCCUAUUGAAGAACAACCCGAAGAAAUCAACGAACUUCCUGAAGAAGUUCGCCUUGUUGAGUCUGUUACUGAAGAAGGUAAACCGAAGAAGAAGGUAAUUCGUACACGCGUAAUCAAAAAGGUCAAGGGUGAUAAACAAGAAGUCACUAAGAUUGAAACGGUAGAGGAAGAUGAUAAGCAACCCGAAACUACAGUAACUGUCGAAGAGGUACUUAUUGAAAAACAACCCGAAGAAAUCAAGGAACUUCCUGAAGAAGUUCGCGUUGUCGAGUCUGUCACUGAAGAAGGUAAACCGAAGAAGAAGGUUAUUCGAACACGCGUAAUCAAGAAGGUCAAGGGUGAUAAACAAGAAGUCACUAAGAUUGAAACCGUCGAAGAAGAUGAUAAGCAACCCGAAACUACAGUAACUGUAGAAGAGGCUCCUGUUGAAGAACAACCCGAAGAUAUUAAAGAACUUCCUGAAGAAGUUCGUGUUGUCGAGUCUGUUACUGAAGAAGGUAAACCGAAGAAGAAGGUAAUUCGUACAGGCGUAAUCAAAAAGGUCAAGGGUGAUAAACAAGAAGUUACUAAGAUUGAAACGGUAGAAGAAGAUGAUAAGCAACCCGAAACUACAGUAACUGUAGAAGAGGCUCCUGUUGAAGAACAACCCGAAGAUAUUAAAGAACUUCCUGAAGAAGUUCGUGUUGUCGAGUCUGUUACUGAAGAAGGUAAACCGAAGAAGAAGGUUAUUCGAACACGCGUAAUCAAGAAGGUCAAGGGUGAUAAACAAGAAGUCACUAAGAUUGAAACCAUCGAGGAAGAUGAUAAGCAACCCGAAACUACAGUAACUGUAGAAGAGGCUCCUAUUGAAGAACAACCCGAAGAUAUUAAAGAACUUCCUGAAGAAGUUCGUGUUGUCGAGUCUGUCACUGAAGAAGGUAAACCGAAGAAGAAGGUUAUUCGAACACGCGUAAUCAAGAAGGUCAAGGGUGAUAAACAAGAAGUCACUAAGAUUGAAACCGUCGAAGAAGAUGAUAAGCAACCCGAAACUACAGUAACUAUAGAAGAGGCUCCUGUUGAAGAACAACCCGAAGAUAUUAAAGAACUUCCUGAAGAAGUUCGUGUUGUCGAGUCUGUUACUGAAGAUGGUAAACCGAAGAAGAAGGUUAUUCGAACACGCGUAAUCAAGAAGGUCAAGGGUGAUAAACAAGAAGUCACUAAGAUUGAAACCAUCGAGGAAGAUGAUAAGCAACCCGAAACUACAGUAACUGUAGAAGAGGCUCCUAUUGAAGAACAACCCGAAGAAGUUAAAGAACUUCCUGAAGAAGUUCAUGUUGUCGAGUCUGUUAGUGAAGAAGGUAAACCAAAGAAGAAGGUUAUUCGUACACGCGUAAUUAAGAAGGUCAAGGGUGAUAAACAGGAGGUCACUAAAAUUGAAACCGUAGAAGAAGAUGAUAAGCAACCCGAAACAACAGUAACUGUAGAAGAAGCUCCUAUUGAAGAACAGCCCGAAGAAAUUAGUGAACUUCCUGAAGAAGUUCGUGUUGCCGAGUCUGUUUCUGACGAUGGUAAACCGAAGAGGAAGGUUGUCCGUACUCGUGUUAUCAAGAAGGUCAAAGGUGAUAAACAAGAAGUUACUAAGAUUGAAACGGUAGAAGAAGAUGAUAAGCAACCCGAAACUACAGUAACUGUCGAAGAGGCUCCUAUUGAAGAACAACCCGAAGAAAUUAAGGAACUUCCUGAAGAAGUUCGUGUUGUCGAGUCUGUCUCUGAAGAUGGUAAGCCGAAGAAGAAGGUUGUCCGUACUCGAGUUCUUAAAAAGGUCAAGGGUGAUAAACAACAAGUCACUAAGAUUGAAACCGUCGAAGAAGACGACAAACAGCCUGAAACUACAGUAACUGUAGAAGAGGGUCCUAUUGAAAAACAGCCCGAUGAAAUUAAAGAACUUCCUGAAGAAGUUCGUGUUGUCGAGUCUGUUUCUGACGAUGGUAAACCGAAGAAGAAGGUUGUCCGUACUCGUGUUAUCAAGAAGGUCAAAGGUGAUAAACAAGAAGUUACUAAAAUUGAAACGGUAGAAGAAGAUGAUAAGCAACCCGAAACUACUGUAACUGUCGAAGAGGCGCCUAUUGAAGAACAACCCGAAGAAAUUAAAGAACUUCCUGAAGAAGUUCAUGUUGUCGAGUCUGUCUCUGAAGAUGGUAAACCGAAGAAGAAGGUUGUGCGUACUCGAGUUAUUAAAAAGGUCAAGGGUGAUAAGCAAGAAGUCACUAAGAUUGAAACCGUCGAAGAAGAUGAUAAGCCAUCCGAAACUACAGUAACUGUAGAAAAAGCUCCUAUUGAAGAACAACCCGAAAAUAUUAAAGAACUUCCUGAAGAAGUUCGAGUUGUGGAGUCUGUUUCUGAUGAUGGUAAACCGAAGAAGAAGGUUGUACGUACUCGUGUUAUUAAGAAGGUCAAGGGUGAUAAACAAGAAGUCACUAAGAUUGAAACCGUCGAAGAAGAUGAUAAGCAACCCGAAACUACAGUAACUGUCGAAGAGGUUCCUCUUGAAGAACAACACGAAGAAAUCAAAGAACUUCCGGAAGAAGUUCGCGUUGUCGAGUCUGUUAGUGAAGAAGGUAAACCGAAGAAGAAGGUUAUUCGUACACGCGUAAUCAAGAAGGUCAAGGGUGAUAAACAUGAGGUCACUAAAAUUGAAACCGUAGAAGAAGAUGAUAAGCAACCCGAAACUACAGUAACUGUAGAAGAGGCUCCUAUUGAAGAACAGUCUGAAGAAAUCAAAGAACUUCCUGAAGAAGUUCGCGUUGUCGAGACUGUUACAGAUGAAGGUAAACCGAAGAAGAAGGUUAUUCGAACACGCGUAAUCAAGAAGGUCAAGGGUGAUAAACAAGAAGUCACUAAAAUUGAAACGGUCGAAGAAGAUGAUAUGCCAUCCGCAACUACCGUAACUGUGGAAGAGGCUCCUGUUGAAGAAAAACCCGAAAUUAUUAAAGAACUUCCUGAAGAAGUUCGAGUUGUCGAGUCUGUUACUGAAGAAGGUAAACCGAAGAAGAAGGUUAUUCGUACACGCGUAAUCAAGAAGGUCAAGGGUGAUAAACAAGAAGUCACUAAGAUUGAAACCGUCGAAGAAGAUGACAAACAACCCGAAACUACAGUAACUGUCGAAGAGGCUCCUAUUGAAGAACAACCCGAAGGUAUUAAAGAACUUCCUGAAGAAGUUCGAGUUGUCGAGUCUGUUUCUGAAGAAGGUAAACCAAUGAAGAAGGUUAUUCGUACACGCGUAAUCAAAAAGAUCAAGGGUGAUAAACAGGAAGUCACUAAGAUUGAAACCGUAGAAGAAGAUGAUAAGCAACCCGAAACUACAGUAACUGUAAAAGAGGCUCCUAUUGAAGAACGACCCGAAGAAAUUAAAGAACUUCCUGAAGAAGUUCGAGUUGUCGAGUCUGUUACAGAAGAAGGUAAACCUAAGAAGAAGGUUAUUCGAACACGCGUAAUCAAAAAGGUCAAGGGUGAUAAACAAGAAGUCACUAAGAUUGAAACGGUCGAAGAAGAUGAUAUGCCAUCCGCAACUACCGUAACUGUGGAAGAGGCUCCUGUUGAAGAACAACCCGAAGUUAUUAAAGAACUUCCUGAAGAAGUUCGAGUUGUCGAGUCUGUUACUGAAGAAGGUAAACCGAAGAAGAAGGUUAUUCGUACACGCGUAAUCAAGAAGGUCAAGGGUGACAAACAAGAAGUCACCAAGAUUGAAACCGUCGAAGAAGAUGACAAACAACCCGAAACUACAGUAACUGUAGAAGAGGCUCCUAUUGUAGAACAACCCGAAGAUAUUAAAGAACUUCCUGAAGAAGUUCGAGUUGUCGAGUCUGUUUCUGAAGAAGGUAAACCAAAGAAGAAGGUUAUUCGUACACGCGUAAUCAAGAAGGUCAAGGGUGAUAAACAGGAAGUCACUAAGAUUGAAACCGUAGAAGAAGAUGAUAAACAACCCGAAACUACAGUAACUGUAGAAGAGGCUCCUAUUGAAGAACGACCCGAAGAAAUUAAAGAACUUCCUGAAGAAGUUCGAGUUGUCGAGUCUGUCUCUGAAGAUGGUAAACCUAAGAAGAAGGUUAUUCGAACACGCGUAAUCAAGAAGGUCAAGGGUGAUAAACAAGAAGUCACUAAGAUUGAAACGGUCGAAGAAGAUGAUAUGCCAUCCGCAACUACCGUAACUGUGGAAGAGAUUCCUGUUGAAGAACAACCCGAAGUUAUUAAAGAACUUCCUGAAGAAGUUCGAGUUGUCGAGUCUGUUACUGAAGAAGGUAAACCGAAGAAGAAGGUUAUUCGUACACGCGUAAUCAAGAAGGUCAAGGGUGACAAACAAGAAGUCACCAAGAUUGAAACCGUCGAAGAAGAUGACAAACAACCCGAAACUACAGUAACUGUAAAAGAGGCUCCUAUUGUAGAACAACCCGAAGAUAUUAAAGAACUUCCUGAAGAAGUUCGAGUUGUCGAGUCUGUUUCUGAAGAAGGUAAACCGAAGAAGAAAGUUAUUCGUACACGCGUAAUCAAAAAGGUCAAGGGUGAUAAACAGGAAGUCACUAAGAUUGAAACCGUAGAAGAAGAUGAUAAGCCACCUGAAACUACAGUAACUGUAGAAGAGGCUCCUGUUGAAGAACAACCCGAAGAAAUUAAAGAACUUCCUGAAGAAGUUCGUAUUGUCGAGUCUGUUAGUGAAGAAGGUAAACCAAAGAAGAAGGUUAUUCGUACACGCGUAAUCAAGAAGAUCAAGGGUGACAAACAAGAAGUCACCAAGAUUGAAACCGUGGAGGAAGACGACAAACAACCCGAGACCACAGUAACUGUGGAAGAGGCUCGUAUUGAAAAACAACCUGAGGAAAUUAAAGAACUUCCAGAAGAACUUCGUGUUAUCGAGUUUGUGUCUGAAGAUGGUAAGCCGAAGAAGAAGGUUGUUCGCACACGUGUUAUCAAGAAGGUGAAGGGUGACAAACAAGAAGUCACCAAGAUUGAAACCGUUGAAGAAGACGACAAACAACCCGAAACAACAGUAACUGUUGAAGAAAUUCCUGUGGAGGAGCAACCUGAAGAAACUAAAGAACUUCCUGAAGAAGUUCGUGUUGAAGAAUCUAUUUCAGAAGAUGGUAAACCAAAGAAAAAGACUGUUCGUACUCGUGUUAUUAAAAAGGUUAAGGGCGAUAAAGAAGAACUUACUACUAUAGAAACUGUCCAAGAUGAUGGCAAAAAGCCAGAAACCAUUAUUACAGUCGAAGAAUCGCCAGUUUUACAAGAUAAGACAUCGCCUUUAAAACAAGUAAAACUUAAGAGAGUUGUUAGAGUCAAACAACCUGACGAUGAAGAAAUUGUUGUAGAACUGCCUGAGCAAAAAUCUGUUAUUAUAGACCAAAAGGAAGAUGGCACACCCACAAAAACUGUUGUAAAAACUAAAAUUAUAAAGAAAAUCAAAGGACCAAAAAUGGAAAUAACUAAAAUUCAAACCGUUGAAGAAUUUGAAAAAGAACCAAUUACAAAGGUCACAGUACAGGAUUACGACGAACCAUUCCCUGAGGUAGUGGAAGAAAAAGUUGUGCCAGUUAUUGAGUUACCUGAAGAGAAUAUUGUUGAAGAUUACACCGCACCAGAUGGAACCACGAAAACAAGAAAGAUCAAAAAGAAAACAAUCAAGAAACCUGUUGAUGACAAAUCCGAUGAAGUCACUGAAAUUCAAAUUGUGGAAGAAGAGGGUGAAGAGCCCAAAUAUUUGAUAUCUGUCAAGGAAAUUGAAAGAACUGAUGCUGAUGUCACCGAUUUCACACCAUCUCUGGAAUUGCCUGAACAACACACAGUGUUGGAAACUCAAACUUCUGACGGUAAGACAAAGAAGAAAACCGUUAAGACACGAUCAUUCAAAAAGCCCGUGGAUGAAGAAAAGGAUGAAAUCACUACGAUUCAAUUUGUUGAACAUGAUGAUGAUAAACCCAUUGCCACUGUUAAGAUCGAGGAGGCACCCACUGACGAAAUGUCUACGGAACCCAUACCAAUUGAAGAAUUACCCGAAGAAAUUGUUGAAGCUGAAAUCAUAGAAGAGGGUAAAAAACCUAAAAAGAAAACUACCAAAACCCGUACUUUCAAAAAGGAUGUCUCACCUGAGCCCGAAUUCUAUCAAAUUCAAACCGUUGAGGAAGAAGGACAAGAGCCUUAUUCCUUAAUACAAGUUGUAAGCGAAGAAGAUCUCACAAACAUUAUCGACAUUAGUAGUUUAGCUGAUGAACAACAACCAAAACAACCCACAACAAAGACACAAAAACACAAAAAGCCCAAGGAAGAAAAGCCGAUCCAAGAACAGACAAAGGAUGAAAAGCCUGUAUUUAGUACAACAUUUAAAUCUGUACAAAAUGAAGACGGUGAAACAGUCAUAGAAACCGAAAGUAAGAAGAUCACACAAGAGGAGGGAGUUCUAGUCGAAGAAGUCCUUAGUGAUACUGAAACGGCUAAAGAACAAGAUGAAGAAACAUCACCCUCGAAAAUAGAAAUUGUAGAAGUCAACGAUAUCACAGACCAAGAUACAAAAUCUUACACUAUAACCGAACCUGAUGAUGUUGUAAGUGAAGACACAACACAAACAGAGCAAACAGAAACGCCCAAACAAAAGACAAAAACGAAAAAGCCAAAAACGACUAAAUUUAAUGUAAUUGAAGAGCAGCCGGAAGAACAACCCGUAACGGUUGAGUUCAUGCCAGAGGAAAUAAUGGAAGUAGAAUUGCCAACUGUAGAAGAUCAAGAUGAUGUAGAGGAACAAACUACGCAAACUACGACAAUUAAGAAACGCAAGAUUAAGAAAAAGAUCGGUGAUCAAGAGCAAACUAUUGAGGUGAUCACCACACAAAAACCAGGCCAAGAAGAGGAGGUUACAGUGGUUGUAACGGAAGACGAUAAGCCAGAAGAAAAACCGGACGAAUGGAAGGUUAAGGUGACUGACAGUAAGGUAGAAAAACCCAAAGACAAGCCCAAGAAAAAACCGACUAAGAAAAAACUCAAAAAAGACGAACUGGACGAUUAUAUACAAUUCCUCAUACACCAGGAAAUACCCAAGACAGUUUUACAAGAAUACAAACGUACCGAAAUGGAACAACCUCAAAAGGCGCGUCGUGAUUCAUCGGUGCCACAGCUUAAACCCAUUAAACUUGUACCCAUGAAAAUAGAACGUGUCGAGGUGAAGAAAUCUCGUAUGUUAGAAAUCUCUUCUGUGGCAGAAUUCCCACAAAUGCUUAAACUUAAAACCCCUAAACAAAAACCCGAACAAGUUAAACCCAAAAAGGAUAAGGUACCCUUCAAAACCAAACUCAAGAGUUGGAUUAACUUUGUACCCUAUGCACCGUAUAACUUCAAACUGACCAUAACAGAACUCGACACCAAACGGGGUCAAGGUGAGCUAUCACGUAAUAUAGAAGAAGCUUUAGUGGUGCUCAAGAAGCGUCCCAAGAAAUUCAAACCAACCGAGUUCACCAGCGAGGAGUUGGAACAACCAACGCUCUACGAGGAAGAAGAAAUACCCAAAGAAGAACCUGAAAAACUCGAAACAAAAUAUAAGCGUCCGAAAAAACCCAAAAAGGAAGAGGAACAACCCGAAGAACGUAAACUUAAACUAGGCAAGGGUAAAAUACCUCAAAUUGAAGAACAAAUAGAACAAGUUGUUCUUAAACCAUUCACCAUUGAAGAAACGCAAGAAGCUGAAAUAGCUGAAAAGCCCAAAAUUAAAGAAGAGCCCAAGAAAAAGAAGAAACCCAAAAAACGCGAAGAAGAUGAUAGCGAUAUCAAAUUCCAGCCACAAGAUAUUGAACAACCAGAAUCGGAUGAAGAAUCUGUAACAAAGGUUGUUGAAGUCAUUGAAUAUCAGCCGGAAAUUAUUGAAGAACAGACAACGGAAGAACAAGAUCAAAAGAAACCCAAAACCAAAAAGAAGAGGAAAAUCUUACAAAAAACUGAUUCCUCUGAAAACAUUAUCGAAAUUGUUGAGAUACCCAGUGAUAAACCAGACGAAGAGGAAAAACUAUACGAAAUUAUAGUGACCUCAAGUCAAGUGGAUGAAACAGAUACAGUACAGCCGGUGGUAACAAAGAAAAAGAAGAAAUUGGCCAAGCUAAAGCCUCAGGAAUUGGAAGAGUUUGUUAGUGAACUACAAGAACAACCGGUUGACGCGAUUGAAGACAAUUUCUAUGAAGUUUCUCUAACGGAAUUGCAGCCAACGCAAGAAACCGAGGAAGUAAUAGAUGAAACCAAGAAAUCAGUCAAGAAACGCAAACUUCAUCACAAAAAGGGCAAGGAAGAGCAAAUUAUAGAAAUUAUUGAAGCACCUGCCCAAGAAGGUGAAGAACCUGUCUAUGAAGUUUUGAUCACAGACCUAGAAGGCUCUGUCAUUGAAGACAAAACAGAAGAGACUCCUGAGAAAAAGAAGAAAAAACCCAAGAAAAUGAAAAAACACGAAUUGGAUGCUUAUAUUCAACAGUUGAUAGAGGCCGAAAUUCCCAAAACCGAACUUGAACAAUAUGAAAAAAUAGAGUUCGGUCAACGACCCAAAAAGGCCAAGAAAACCAAAUCACAACCCAAAAAGGAACAGCCACAAGAAGGCGAACAACUCGAAAUUGGUAUAUCAGAGUUCGAGCCAGUUGAAGAAAAACCCAAGCAAAAGAAAUCCAAACCUCGUCCUAAACCAGAACAACCACAAGAAGUUCCAAAAGAAGAACCGACCUAUGAAGACUUACAAGUCCAAGUAACGGAAAGUAUGCCUGAAGAACAGGAAAAACUUGAACAGGAAACCGAACAUAUUAAGCUUCACGAAUUAGUGAAGCCAAAAGAACUUGAUGAGGUCAAGGUAAUUGUAGAAGAGGUUACCGAACAAACAGAGACUGUAACAGAGACCACCAAAGAGGGUGAGCUUAAGGAAAAGACCAAAACAAAACGAAAAAUUAAAAAGAAGGUGGGCGAUCGGGAAUAUGAAGUUCUUGUAAUUGAAGAGCAAACUGAUAAACAGCCCGAGGUAGAAGUUACAGUUAUAACUACUGAAAUAACACCAAAACAACCUGAUGAAAUCGGUGUUGAAGAAAAGCCUCGCAAACCUAAGAAGGUUAAGAAGACUCUUAAGGAAGACGAACUCAAGGAUUAUUUGGUACGCGUUAUCAAUGAAGCUCCAGAAAAAUUGGAAACCACUCGCAUUGUGGAAGAAAUUAAACCCAAAGAAAAGCCACAACCAGAUGAAAUUGAUGGUUCCAUAUACUCGGUUAAAACAACUGUGGAAGAGGAGUCGGAAACAGAGGAAACCAAACCCGAAGUAGAAGAAGACUUAAAGGAAACUCCAAAAACUAAGAAAUCUAAACCCAUCAAACCGAAAAAGGUUAAAAUAACAGAAACAACCGAAGAAAAGGUUGAAGAUAUGCCACAAGAAAUAACCGUAGCCGAGGUGGAAGAACAACCAGCCGAAAAACCCACAGAGGAGGACUUCAAAUUUGAUAUAAGUGAAGAAAAACCAAAGGAAAAACCCAAAACAAAACGUACCAAACCCAAGAAACCAGAAGAAAGUGUCAAGGAGUAUUCAGUCGUUAUACAAGAACUUCAACCGGAAACUAUCACUCAAGAAAUAGUUGACGAAACCGGAGCAGAAGUGAAACAGACUGUGACUAAGAGAAAACUUAAGAAGAAGGAAGGUGACAAGGAAUAUCUCAUUGAGAUAGUAGAAUCCUUUGUCGAAAAUAAGCCAGAGUCUGAGUUGGAAAUUAUAACCACCGAAAUUGUACCCGAUGAUAUGCCGGAAGACUUGAAACCAGAACCGGUAACAGUUAAGAAAAUCAAAAAGAAGAAAUCAUUAAAGGAUGAUCAUGAUGCUUAUAUACAAAAGUUAAUCGAACAAGAAAUAACUAAAACCGAUUUGGAACAAUAUGAACCAACCGAUAUUGAAACCAAACCUAAGAAAAAACCAAAGACCAUUAAGAAACACCAUAAGAAAACUACUGAGAUUGUAGAUGGUGUAGCUGUUACAGUCCAUGAAUUCGAUAUUGAAGAAGUGGUACCUCAAGAAGAGGAUAUUGAAGAACAACCAUUUGAAGUUGUGGAAGAGGAAGCACCAACUGAGGAAAAAACACCUGACAGUUUCGAAAUCGGUUUGAAAGAAGAGCAAUCGAUUGAAGAAAUACCAAAGGUAACUGAACUUAAGCCCAAAAUAAAGAAGGUCAAAAAGCCAACCACUAAAGAGGUGGUUGAAGAAACUCCUGUAGUUGUAGAGGAACUCGAACAGACCACAGAAGUCAUUGAACAACCAGACGAAACUGGUGAAAUCAAAAAGAAAACCGUAACCAAACGUAAGAUAAAGACAAAAACCGGCCCAGAAGAAAAGGUAUUCGAAAUUUCUGAAACUACACACGAAGAUCAACCAAAUGCUGAAAUAACCAUACAAGAAAUAACUGUAACCCAAGAACAGCCCGAAAUCGUCGAAGAAAAACCACAACCUAAGAAACCAGUCAAGAAAUCCAAGAAAGUACCCAAAGAACAAAUACAAGAUUUUGUCAUUAAUGUCAUUGAAGAGUAUGUGACACCCACCGUGUAUGAAGAAGAAAAGCAACCUGUAGCGGUGGAAGAAUUCGAAGAAACUACCGAAACUGUAGAACAGCCCACUGAGACUGGUGAAAUCAAAAAGAAAACCGUUACUAAACGUAAGAUUAAAACAAAAUCGGGACCAGAAGAGAAAGUUUUCGAAAUUGUGGAAGUCACUCACGAAGAUCAGCCUAAUGCCGAAAUAACUGUGGUGGAAAUCACUGAAGCUGAAAAGCCAGUAGAAGAGGAAAAACCCAAAGAAAAGAAACCUCUCAAGAAAACAAAGAAGGUACCCAAAGAACAAAUACAAGAUUUUGUCAUUAAUGUCAUUGAAGAGUAUGUGACACCCACCGUUUUUGAAGAAGAAAAGCAACCUGUAGCGGUGGAAGAAUUCGAAGAAACUACCGAAACUGUAGAACAGCCCACUGAGACUGGUGAAAUCAAAAAGAAAACCGUUACUAAACGUAAGAUUAAAACAAAAUCGGGACCAGAAGAGAAAGUUUUCGAAAUUGUGGAAGUCACUCACGAUGAUCAGCCUAAUGCCGAAAUAACUGUAGUGGAACUUACUGAAGCUGAAAAGCCAGUAGAAGAGGAAAAACCAAAAGAAAAGAAACCUCUCAAGAAAACAAAGAAGGUACCAAAGGAACAGAUGCAAGAGUUCAUUGCCAACAUAAUUGAGGAUUAUGUUAAGCCCAAAGAAGAACAGCAAACAGUAACAGUUGAAGAAACCGACGAAAAGCCCACAGUGGUGGAAGAAAUUGAGAAGAUUACCGUUGUAGUGGAAGAAGAAGAUACAACGGGUCAAGUUAAACCCAAAACGGUGACAAAACGCAAGGUCAAGACAAAGACUGGCCCGGUAGAAAAGGUAUUCGAAAUAUCUGAAGUCACAGAAGAGGGCAAACCCACUAGUGAAGUUACCAUAUUUGAAGUUACCGAAAGUGAAGACACUGAAAAACCAAUAGAAGAGGAAAAACCAAAAGAAAAGAAACCUCUUAAGAAAACAAAGAAGGUACCAAAGGAACAAAUGGAAGAGUACAUUGCCAAUAUUAUUGAGGAAUAUGUUAAGCCGGAAGAACCCAAGGAAGAAGAGCACACAGUUGAAGAAACCGAAGAAAAGCCCACAGUGGUGGAAGAAAUUGAGAAGAUUACCGUUGUAGUGGAAGAAGAAGAUACUACGGGUCAAGUUAAACCCAAAACGGUGACAAAACGCAAGGUCAAGACAAAGACUGGCCCGGUAGAAAAGGUAUUCGAAAUAUCUGAAGUCACAGAAGAGGGCAAACCCACUAGUGAAGUUACCAUAUUUGAAGUUACCGAAAGUGAAGACACUGAAAAACCAGUAGAAGAGGAAAAACCAAAAGAAAAGAAACCUCUUAAGAAAACAAAGAAGGUACCAAAGGAACAGACGGAAGAGUUCAUUGCCAAUAUUAUUGAGGAAUAUGUUAAGCCAGAAGAACCCAAGGAAGAAAAGCACACAGUUGAAGAAACAGAAGAAAAUCCCACAGUGGUGGAAGAAAUUGAGAAGAUUACCGUUGUAGUAGAAGAAGAAGAUACUACGGGUCAAGUUAAACCCAAGACAGUGACAAAACGCAAGGUCAAGACAAAGACGGGCCCGGUAGAAAAGGUAUUCGAAAUAUCUGAAGUCACAGAAGAGGGCAAACCUUCUAGUGAAGUGACCAUAUUUGAAGUUACCGAAAGUGAAGACACUCCUAAGGAUGAGGAACAACCCAAAGAAAAGAAAAUUAUUAAAAAGCCCAAGAAAAUCACCAAAGACCAAUUGGAAGAUUAUUUCGUUAAUGUUAUAGAAGAAUAUGUACAACGUGAAGAGGAAGCACCUGAAGAGUUGCCCAUUUCCGUGGUCGAAAUUGACAAAAAAGAAGAAGUCAUCGAUGUGGUCGAUGAGGAGGGCAAAGUCAAAAAGCAAACAGUUACAAAACGUAAAAUAAAGAAACAAGUCGGUCCUAAGGAGGAGAUCAUAGAAAUUGUUGAAACGCAACGAGAAGAUCAGCCCGUGGCCGAGAUAACUGUAACCACAACAGAAACCGACGAAACUGAGGAGACUAAGCCCAAAGAAGAAAAGGCACCUAAACCCAAGAAAACCAAAAAGGUUAAAAAGGAUGAGUUGGAGGAUUAUAUUAUGAAAUUAAUUGAACAAGAUAUACCAAAAACCGAGUUGGAGAAAUAUGAAAAGAUCGAAAUUGAUGAGCCAAUCAAACUAAAAAAGAAACUCAAGAAAGAGGUUCUUCAAAAACCUGAAAAGCCACAACAAAAAUCCAAAGACAAACCUAAAGAACGACCCCAACAAGAGGUGCGUGUCGAAGAAAGUCAACCCGAAGAGGAAGAAACAGUUUUCCCAGUUCAUGUCGAAGAGCUGGAAAAACAAGAAGAACUGGUACAAGUGACAGACGAACAGGGUGACAUUAAAACACAAAAGGUUAUCAAACGUAAAAUCAAGAAACAAGUUGGACCCAAAGAGGAAAUAAUUGAAAUUGUCGAGACUCAAAAGGAUGACUCACCAGUAGCUGAAAUUACGGUAACCACACUAGAACCGGAAAGCACUGAGGCCAAACCUACCGAAGAGAAGGUUAAAAAACCAAAGAAAACUAAGAAAGUAACCAAAGACGAGUUGCAAGACUAUAUACAGAAACUCAUCGAGGAAGAUAUUCCUAAGACAGAGUUGGAAACUUAUGAAAAGAUUGACAUAGAAAAACCGGUGAAACUAACAAAGAAACCAACUCAUAAGGUUAAGAAAGUAGAACGGAAACCGGAGGCUGUUGAAAAACCAGAAACCAAAGAAAUUACCACUGAGGAAACCCAACCUGAAGAUGAAGAAAUACCCAAGGAAACAUAUGAAAUUUCCGAAAAGGAUGAAGAACAACCAGAAACAAAACCUGAAGAAGAAAACGAAAUUACUGUACAAGAAGACAAGCAGAAAAAGGUUAUCAAGAAACCCAAACAUAAGGUUAAGAUGGUGGAAGAACAACCACAGAAACCAGAGGAAGCUUUGCCAGAACAUGAAAUACAUGUCGAGGAAAGCGUUCCUACUACCAAACAAGAUGAAGUCUUUGAAAUUAAGGAAACUGAAGAAGAAACUAAACCAACUCCUGAACGCAAGAAGCCUAAAGAAAAGAAACACAAACCCGAAACUAAACCAUCCGAAGAGGUAGAAGAUUUCGAGGUAACAGUAAAGGAAAGCUCACCGGCUCCCCAAGAACUUGAACCAUUCAAAAUUGAAGUUCUUGAAAGCCAAACUGAGGUACAAGAAAACGUUAACGAAGAGGGUGUCGUUGAAAAACAAACUAUAACAAAACGUAAAAUUAAGCGCCAACAGGGUCCUAAAGAAGAUAUUAUCGAAAUAAUUGAAGUAAAAACUGACGAUAAACCCGAAGUUGAAGUCACCGUGGUGGAAACACAACCAGAGGAAGAUAAACCCGAUGAAAUCAAGCCAAUCAAAAAGAAAACCAAAAAGGUUAAAAAGGACGAUUUGCACGAUUACAUACAAAAACUUAUCGAAGAAGAUAUACCCAAAACAGAGCUAGAAAAAUACGAAAAAAUUGAGUUUGAAACAAAACCCAAAGACAAAGUUAGCGAUAAGCCAUAUCCAGUGGAACAGAAGGAAGAACAACCUAAAGCCACCGAAGAAGAAAAACCUAAGAAAAAACCAAAAUCUAAGAAACCAAAAGAAGAUGAAGAAGACCACACAGUGGCUAAAAUAUCUGUAGUAGAGGAGGAAGUUCCUAAGGAAGAACCUCAGCCGUUGGUAGAGAUUUUGGAAACUGAACCCGUUGAAGUGAAAGUCGAAGAGGUGCCCGAUGAACAGGGUAAACCCAAACAGAAAACCACUAAAAAACGAGCCUUCACCAAGAAAAUCGACAACGAAGAAGAUGCCACCAUACAUGUGGUCACCAUACAAGACGAAGAUAGUCCUGAGGUAACAAUUAUAAUCGAUGAACAACCCAUCGAACAGCCAGUUACCAGCGAUGAAACAGAAAAAUCUACUCAAGAAAAACCUAUAGUUAAGAAACCUAAGAAAAUCGUUAAAAAGGUACAAAAAGACCAACUGGACGACUAUAUACAAAAACUUAUUGACGAAGAAAUACCCAAGACUACACUCGAACAAUACGAAAAAGUUGAAAUGCCAGACAAAACAGACACCAAACCCACUAAACCCACUGAACAGACCGAACAGCCAAAGAAGGAUAAAAAGAAAACACCGAAACCUUCCAAAGUAACAGCCGUCGAAGAAAAGGCUGACCAAACAGAAACCCCCGACACAAUACACGAAAUCAAAACCACAGAAACACACACUGAACCACAAGAAGAAAUUGAAGAGAUAACACAACCAGAACAUAAGCCUGAGGACACUGAACAAAUUACACCCGAUUCUCACAAGGUCACAACAACAGAGGAAACAAAAGAUACAAAAACAACAACUAAACACAAAACUAAACCUAAAAAACAAACAAGUGAAGAACCCUUAGUCCAUAAGGAUUAUGAAAUUAACGUCAUUGAGGAGGAGCCCGAGGAGAAGGAAGAUGAAGAGGAGAAACCCGAAAUCGAAACCAUCGAAGAACGCCCCGAAGAAGCAGAAGAAUCUCAUCCUAUUGAGGUUGUCGAAGAGGAGGAACAAGUACCCGAAACUACCGAAGAUACAGUCGAAGAUGCCACCAAACCCAAGAAGACUAAGAAGAAGGUAGUCAAGAAGAAGACUGAUGACCAUGAUGCCAUUAUACAAAAGUUAUUAGAGCAAGAGAUUGAAAAGACCGAACUCGAGAAAUACGAAAAGGUUGAGUUCGACAAACCCAAGAAGGCCAAGCCGGAAAUGUCGAAAUUGGAGCCCAUUAAGAUCGAGCGCAGAGAACAGAAACCCAAGAAGGUGGUUAUUGUUGAUGCUGCCGAAGUACCUCAAAUGGUUAAAUUGAAACCCUCGAAACGCAAGGAGAAACCAACCGAGGAACAAGUCGUUCAAUUGCCUAAAUUCAAACUUAAGAGUCGCAUGGUUAUGGUUGAAUAUCCUCCAGAGCCUCUUAAGGCUAUCAUCACAGAAAUCGGUGCCCAAAGAUCCGCAGGCGAUUUGUCUAGAAAUAUUGAAGAAGCUGAGGAAUUGCUUAAAUUCAAGCCCUAUAAGCCUAAGAAGAUCAAGAAGAUUAAGGACGAUUUGGAAAAGGUAGAGCUGGAGAAAUACGAAAAGUAUGUAAGCAGCGAAGAGGAACCAGAGGAUAAGGCUCCCUACAAGAAACCCGAAAAACCCAGCAAGCCUGAAGAGAAACAAGAAGAAGUGCAAAUCAAGCUGGGCAAGGGUAAGAAGAAGCCAAAGGAAGAAGAACAGCCCGAAGCGGUCACACUUAAGAAAAUACCACAGAAGCCUCAACAAGCCGAAGAGGUUAGCGAAGAUAAGACAGUCAAGAAACAUGCAGUAAUUGUCAAGGAAGAGGAAGCUAAACCCGAAGAACCCAAAUACGAAAUGAAACCAUUGGAGCCACUUGACUUUGAGGAUAUUGAAUAUCCCAAAGAAGAACUAGAACCUUUAGAGUUCCCCGAAGAGCCCAAGAAGGACAAGAAGGAACCCAAACAGAAACAUAAACCUAAACCAAAAGCCAAACCGGAACAGGAAAUGAAUGUCACUCAAAUCGUGCCAGGUGAACCUAAGCCCCAGGAAGAACAACCAGAGGAGGAAGUCAAAUUCCGUAUACCAGAAAGUACAAAGGAGGAAGAACCCAAGACUGAACGUAAAUUGAAACCAGUUAAAAAGGUUAAGGAAGAAGCUCCCGCAGAAGAUACCGUCAAAUUGGUGCAAGAAGAACAGCCCAAAGAGAAAUCUCCCUCACCCGCACCACAAGCGGAAGUCAAGGAAAUUAAGAAACCUAAGGCCAAAAAGGAAAAACCAGUUGAAAAGGCUAAAUCCGAAGAAAAACCAGAUGAACAAUUUGAGAUCUCCGUUCAGGAAGAGCAAGUUGAGCAAGAAACUCCUGUCGAAGAAACUGUUGAUAAGGUCAAGAUCAAAAAGAAGGUUCCUAAGAAAGAACAACCCAUCGAGGAAGUUCAAGUUAAGGAAGAAGUUGUUGAACAACCAGAACAAGAAGAAAUUCCUGUGGAAUAUAAGAUAACCACUACCGUCAUAGAACCAGAAGAACUUCCAGAAGAUUAUAAGGUACGUGUUGUCGAUACAGACGCCAAGGAGGUAACAGUCGAAGAGGUUAUUGAAGAAAAGGUUGUGACUAGAAAGAAGAAGCCUAAAGCAACUAUGCCUGAAGAGUAUGAAUUCACCGUUCAAGAACCCAAACAGCCAGAACCCAGCAAGGUCGAGAAAACUAGUGAAGAAGUAACAGUUGAGUUGCAAAAACCAAAAGAACCUGUUCCCGAAGAAGUUAAGGUCGAAGAGACCAUUACCAAACCAAUCGAAGAAGAAAUAGUUGAAGAAGUCACCACCAAGAAAAAGAAACCAAAGAAGAAACCAGAAGAAGAAGUUGCCACAGUUAAAGUCAAGGAAGAAAAACCUGUAGAGGAAGAAAUAAAGGAAGUACCUACAGAAGAAAAGGUUGAAGAAACUGUUCCCGAAGUUGAAAAGCCUAAAGACUAUCAAUUCACAGUAAAAGAAACCGAGGCUGUUCAACAAGUUGUUGAGGAGGUUAAGGAAGUGGUUGAAGAGAAGCCCAAACCUAAGCCAAAACCAGAGAAACCAGCUGAAGUCUUCCCAAGUUAUGAAAUCAAGACUGUAGAAUCAGAAGCUGAAAAGCCCAUAACUGUCGAAGAGGAACAACCUGAAGAAGUCAAAUUCGCCAUUAAACCCAAAAAGGUUAAAGAAGUUCCUGAAGAAUUUGAGGCUUCUGUAGCUUUGACUGAACCAAAACAAGUCGAAGAAACCGAAGUGGAAACUGUGGUCAAGACCAAGAAAACCAAGAAACCUAAGAAACCAGAAGAAGAGGUGGCUCAGCUAGAAGUUCAAGUUGUAGAAACCAAAGAACAGGAAGUUGAAGAGAAGGUCGUCAUUGAAGAACCUAAAGUUGAGGAAAUCGUGCCUGAAAAGCCCAAGGAAAGAAAACCUGAAGAAUACAAAAUUAAGGUAUCCGAAGAGGAACAUAUUCCUGAAGAAGAGGUUCCUGAAGCUCAGUUUACAGUUAAACCUAAGGUUGUACAAGAAAAGCCAACUGAAGAACCCGAAGCUGAAUUCGUGUUAAAGGAAACUAAACCUGUUGAACAGGUUACAGAAGAAGCUCAAAUCAAAACUAAAAAGAUCAAGAAGAAGCCCAAGGAAGAGGCCGCCGAUGAAUUGAAGAUUAAGAUUGUAGAAGAAGUUCCAGUCGAAAAACCAAUCGAAAUCGUAGAAGAAAUAGAGGAAGUCGAAUUCGUGCCAAAGGAAGAGGCUCCCAAAGAAAUUCCCAAGGAUUAUGAAUUCAAACUUAAAGAAUUCGAAAUUCCAAAGGAAGAAGUGGUAGUAGAAGAAGUUAAAGAAGAGCCUAAGCCAGUGGAAAAACCAAAACCCAAAGAAGAACCGGUGCAAGAGGUUAAGGUUGUUACAACUGUACCUACAGAAGAAGUUAUUGAAGAAGAAGUCAAAACUGUGAAGAAGAAACCCAAGAAAACUAAGGAAGAACCAGAAGAAAAGAAGGUGACUGUGGUCGAAGAAAUCGUGGAGAAACCCAAACCAGUUGAAGUUGAAGAGAAACCUGAAGAGGAAAAACCACAGGAAAUCGUUGAAGAAGAGAAAUACCCUGAACAUCAAGUUAAAGUUAUUGAUGAAACUCCUCGUUAUGUAACCGAAGAAGUAGAGGAACAAGAAGUACAAAUACAACGUAAAAAGAAACCUACACCUAAAGUCACCGAAGAACCAGAAGAAGAAAUUGUUUUGAAACCCAAAAAACCAGUUGAAGAUGUUGAAGAAACUAAGAUAAUCAAAAAGAAACCCAAACAAAAGGUUCCCGAAGAAGACCAGGCUGAACUUAAGGUAACUAUUACCGAAGAAAUUCCUCAAGAAACUGAAUUGGUGCAAGAGAUCGAGGUGAUUGAAGAAAUUGAAGAGCAACCUAAGCCACAAGAAAUCCCAGAAGAACAACCCAAAUCAUAUGAAUUUUCUGUUAAAGAUAUCGAACCAGAAAAGGUGGUUGAAGAAGUGGAAGAAGUACCUGAAGAGCAACUUAAGCUCAAAAAGAAACCAAAGAUCGUUCAGCCAGAAGUAACAGAAGAACCUGAGGUGGAAAUUUCCUUAAAACCCAAACCAGAAAAACAAGAAGCUCCCGAAGAGACAGCAAUUGUUAAGAAAAAAUCUAAGCCUAAAGCUAAGGAAGAACCAGAAGCUGAGCUGAAGAUUCAAGUCAGAGAGGAAGUUUCGCCGGAGCCAGAAGUUCAAGUGAUCGAAGAAAUCGAGGAAGUGGUUGAAGCUCCCAAAGAAGAGCCACAAGAAGAAAUACAAGAAGUAGUCUUCAAACCUAAGAAACCCAAGAAGAAGGAAGAAGAAGUUAUUGAGGAAGAUGUGACCAUUAAGAAGCCGUCUGUUAUAAAGGAAGAGGAGGAACAAGUCGUUGAUGUCACAUUGAAACCCAAAAAGGCUCCUAAGGUAGAAGAACAAGAUGUGGAAGUUGAUUUCAAAUUACCCAAAGAAAAGCAAAUAACACAAGAAACCUCGGAAGAAACGGUACAAUUAAAGAAAAAGAAGAAACCCGUUAAGCCAACCGAAGAAGCGGCCGAUGAGCUGGUUAUUAAACAAGAAGAAGUUAUUGAAAGACCAGUAGAAAUCGAAGAAGAAGAAAUUAUCGAGGAGGCAGUAGUGAUGCGCAGAAAACCCAAGAAACCUAUUGAACCUCAAAUCGAAGAACACGAGGAACAAGAGUUUAGUUUAUCCUUCAAGAAACCACGCAAAAUCGAUGAGGGUGUGGCCGAAGAAGCCACUGUUCUCAAAAAGAGACCCAAGAAACCUCUGACCUCCGAUGAAGCCGCCGCUGAAUUACACAUCAAACGCGAAGAGGAAUACGAACCUGAAGAUGAGGAGGAAGUCGAAGAAUUUGUAGUAGCUCAAAGACCUAAGCCUAAACCUAAACCAUUGCAAGUAACUGAAGAAGACGAACAAGAAUAUACCGUCAAAAAGUUGAAGCGCCGUAAGAAGGGUGUGGAAAUUCCAGAAUUUACCGAAGUGGAGAAUGUAACAUUCCGUCCCAAAUUGACUAAGACUAAGGAAGAUGUUGAUCAAGAAUUUAGCAUCGCCUUGGAUUCCUAUGCCGAAGAAGAAGUUUCCAUGUCCGGCAAGGUAAAGGUUAAGAAACCAAUUAAGAAAACUUAUUCCGAAGCUGGUGAUGAACAUCAUAUUAAGAUUAUGCAAGAUUAUGAUGAUGGUGAAGGUCCCAUAAUUGAGGAGAUACGUGAUGACAGCAGUAUCGAAGAUACCAUGUACGAUGUCGAAGAGCCCGAAGAAUAUCUAGUUGAAGAACUACCACCCGAUGAUGUAGAUUUUACCCUCAAACCCAGACAGAAACCUAAGCCAAGAUAUUCCAUUCAAGAUGAGGAGGAAGAGGAACAAUUCCUUAUUGGCAUUAGACGUCCUAAGAGUGAUUCCGUUACUUACGAUGAGGACUCACUUACGUUCAAGAAGAAACGUAAGGUCAUUCAACAAGUCUUUAACGAAGAUGGCGCCUCUUUGAAUAUUACACGUGAAAUGGAUAUUGAAGAAGCUGAUGAGGAGAAUGUUAUGUAUUCGAUUUGCAAUUAUGUAGCAGACUCUGAUGAAGCUAUGAAUCUAGUGGAAGGUGAAAAAGUGCGUGUUGUUGGACGUCAUAGUUCCGAAUGGUGGUUUGUUAAGAAGACCAUUACGGAAGAAGAAGGCUGGGUACCAGCACAAUAUCUCAUGGAAGCUGCUGAAUACACACAAUAUGUACAAAAGAAAUUACACGAAAAGAUUGAUAAACUUCCUGUAUUUGAACGUCCUGGACCACAUGAAAAACCCAUGGCACCUAGAUUUAUUGAAAAAUUGCAACCCAUUCACACACCCGAUGGUUAUACUGUACAAUUUGAAUGCAAAGUUGAGGGUAUGCCUAGACCACAAAUCGCCUGGUUCCGUGAAACUGCUAUUAUUAAGCCUUCUCAAGACUUCCAAAUGUAUUAUGAUGAUGACAAUGUUGCAACAUUGAUUAUACGUGAAGUAUUCCCAGAAGAUGCUGGACGUUUCACUUGUGUGGCUAAGAAUGCCGCCGGUUUUACUUCUACCACUACUGAAUUGGUGGUGGAGACUCCAUUGUCCGAUCACGGUUCCGAUGGUACAGCCAUGUCUCGCAAGAGCAUGUCUCGUGAAUCAUCAUUAGCCGAUAUAUUGGAGGGUAUUCCACCUACCUUCUCACGCAAACCUAAAGCACAAUAUGUAGAUGAAGAUACCAAUGUAAUAUUGGAAUGUCGUCUAGUGGCCGUGCCUGAACCCGAUAUUGUCUGGACUUUCGAAGGUGAAGAGAUCGAUACAACCACCAUGAAGAAUGUACGUGUUGUUACCGAAUCCGAUAUGCACAUGUACUGCAGUGUGGUACACAUUAAGAAGGUCAAGAAGUCACAGGAAGGUACCUAUGAGGUGAUUGCCACCAAUCGUGAAGGUGAAUCUAGAUUGCCUAUAGUCUUGAAGGUGCGCACAAGUGAAAAGGAACCUCCUCAAGUAUUGGAACCUUUGCGCAACAUGAUCAUACGCGAAGGUGAAAGUGCGGUAUUGACCACACAAAUUGUGGGUAACCCCGCGCCCAAGAUUACCUGGUAUAAGGAUGGCAAACCCGUUAAAGGCAAUACUAAGACUGAAAAGGAUAUUCAUACGUUGACUUUGAUUUCACCCAAACGCGAUCAAAAGGGCGAGUACACGGUCAAGGCUGAAAAUCCUUUGGGUAGCGUAGAAACUUCGGCUAAUUUGACUAUAGAAGAACCACCCAGUGGCAAUGCUGAACCUCCUCUAUUUGUCGAACGCUUUGAGGAACAAAAUGUUCCCCAGAAGGGCGUUAUCCGCCUACCAGCUAAGGUUACUGGUAAUCCAGUGCCCGAAGUUGAAUGGCUAUUCAACAACAAUCCUCUAUAUCCCAAUGAACGUAUUCAGCAAAUCUACGAUGGUGAAAAUAUCGAACUCAUUAUCAAGGAGGCAAAUCCUGAUACCGAUUCCGGUGAUUACAAGUGCAUUGCUAGCAACCCCUUGGGUAAGACUUCGCAUGGUGCCCGUGUUAUUGUAGAAGUCGAUGAAGUUGUCUUCACUAAGAAACUUAAGGCUAAGAUAUCCAUCGAAGAGGUACAAUCUUUGACCUUGGAAUGUGAGACCUCUCACGUGGUUUCCACCAAAUGGUUCUUUAAUGGCAAAGAACUUAGCGGUAUGGAUCAUCGUGUAGUUGUUGAAGAGGGCAAGACCCAUAAGUUGGUUAUAAAGAAUACCAAUUUGAGAGAUAGUGGUAAUUACACUUGCAAGGUUAAGGACCAAGAAACCAAGUCAACCGUGGAAGUUUUGCCACGCAAACCUGAGUUCAUUAAACCUUUGGAAGACUAUGAGGUAACCGAAAAGGAUACUGCCAUUUUGGAUGUGGAAGUAUCCACCGAUGUUUCGGAAAUGCAAUGGUUCAAGGAUGGCGAGAAGAUUACACCCGAAAAGAAGAACGUAGAUUUCAUUAAGGAUGGCAAGGUGCAUAGAUUGCUUAUACGCAAUUGCACUAUCCAUGAUGAGGGUGAAUACUCUUGCAAAUUCGCCGAUCAAGUGUGCAAGUGUGAACUCACAGUUAUUGAAUUGCCACCAGAAAUAAUCAAACCUUUGGAGGAUGUUACUGUAACCGAAGGUGAAACAGCUACCUUCACUGUGGAACUCGACAAGGGUGACGCUUUGAUUAAAUGGUAUAAGAAUGGCAAGGAGAUAACAUACGAUGAACGUGUACAACUAACUAUCGAUGGCAAACGCCAAUCGAUUACCAUUAAAAAGGCUAAACCUUCAGAUGCCACCGAAUAUUCCCUUAAAGUGGGCGAACAAACAUCUAAGGCUAAGCUGGUGGUGGAGAAACCUUUAGUUGAGUUUAUCGUACCAUUACCCGAUGUCACUUUGGCUACCAAGAAUACCGAUGCUGAAUUUACUGUCAAACUAUCACCACCCGAUGUGGAGGUGACCUGGUUCAAGAAGGGAAAACCCAUUAAACCCAACAAGAAACACGAAGUCUUCGUGGAGGGUACCGUUAGACGUCUGGUUAUUCACGAUGCCGAAGAUGAUGAUGCUGGCGAAAUUAGUUGCACUGCCGCCAAUGUUACCACCAGUACAAACUUAUGCGUAGAAGAGGUUAAGACCGCUCCCAUUAUAAUAUCCGAUAAGGAUCAGACCAUCAAGGUUAAGGAGAACGAAGAUGUAACAAUGACCAUUAAAUAUUCAGGUGUACCACAGCCAGAUGCAGAAUGGAAAACAUCUAAGAAGGUUAUUGUUAAAUCGAACCGGGUAACACCCACCAUCGAUGAGCAAUCGGCUUCGUUGACCAUACGCAAGGUGGUGGAAGAAGAUGAAGAUGAAUAUACCAUUAAAUUACGCAAUCCAGUGGGUGAAGCUGAGGCCAGUUUGCAUUUGGUUAUCAUGCGUAAACCCUCAGCUCCGGGAGCUCCUCAGCCUUUGGAGGUUAUGCACGAUUCGAUUACACUGUUCUGGAAGGCUCCAGAGGACGAUGGUAAAUCCGAUAUAUUGGAAUAUAUUUUGGAAUACAAAGAUGUUAAGACUGAAAAAUGGUCCGAAAUUCGCAAGAUUAAAGAUACAACUUAUACUUUAAGCAAACUAGUUAUUGAUACGGAAUAUGUCUUCCGUUCGAUAGCCGUCAAUGAAGUUGGUCCCUCACCACCUUCUCCCUUGUCGCCACCCAUACGACUGGUCGCUGAGGUAAAGAAGGAAAAACCAACGGUACAAGAACCUUUGCAAGACAUUACUACCGAACACGACAAGGAAAUAACAUUGUCCUGCGUCUUCGGCGGUUUACCAGAGCCUAAAGUAAUUUGGAAGAAGAAUGGCAAGGUUAUACAGACCAAGACUAUGCGCUACGAGAAUCGUGUGGCCAAAUAUACAAUUGAAAAGACCACUGUCGAUGACGAAGCCGAAUACACUUGUGUGGCUGAGAACGAAGUGGGCAGUGUAGAGACCACAUGUCGCGUGACACUACAAGAGAAGCCCAUCAUUGAACUAGAGGAGAAGUAUUUGUCCCUAAAACUACGCACUGGCUCCGAUAUGACCAUUCCAGCUUUAGUUAAGGCUUAUCCACAGCCCAAGAUUACAUUGUACAAGGAAACAACCGAGAUUAAGACUACCAAACGUCAAACGAUUGAAAUCAAUAAGAUCACUACCACCGAAACCAAGACUAUCAUUAAGAUACAAAAAUUAACACGCGAAGACUCGGGUCGCUAUAAAUUGGUCGCUGAGAAUUCAGCCGGCUCUAGUAGUGUAGAAUGUAAUAUUAAGGUUAUCGAUAAGCCCAGCCGUCCUCAGUCUUUGGAAAUUAAGGAUGUUAAAAAGGAUUCCAUUAAACUUGAAUGGACACCACCCAUUGAUGAUGGUGGCUUAGAGAUCAAUAAGUAUAUAUUGGAGAAAUGUGAACUACAGAAUAAUGUCUGGAUGAAGGUGGCCGAUGUCGAUAGGGAUAUAAACUCGUAUUGCCUACAAAAACUUGCCAUGAACUCACAAUACAUGUUCAGAGUGGUGGCCAUGAAUCCCAUAGGUGAAUCAGAGCCUACAGAAAGUGAACCGGUGGCAAUAACAAAGAAAUUCGACAAACCCUCACCGCCCCGAGCACCCAUUGAUGUUUCCGGCAUGAAUGAUACAUCAUUCACGCUGUCAUGGCAAGAGCCCGAAUCGGAUGGUGGCACUAAGAUUAUUGAAUAUAUUGUUGAGAUUAAAGAAUUCCAUGAAACCGACUAUAGACUACUGGGCAGUACAAAUGGCAAUGUACCCAAUAUAUUGGUUACAAAUGUUAUCAAAAAUAAGGCCUAUACCUUUAGAAUAUAUGCCAAGAAUGAAGUUGGCACCAGUGAAGCUCUAGAGACUGAAGAUAAGAUAGUCGUCAGCCGUAGAAUAACUCCUCCCUCACCUCCUCAAAAUCUCAGAUGUCCGGAUAUUACAGGCAGAAGUGUUACUCUCGAUUGGGAAAUACCUGCUCACAAUGGUGGUUCAGAAAUUACAGGCUAUUGCAUUGAGAAACGUUCAUCAACAUCGACAACAUGGACAAAGGUCAUAACCUUAGAUGCACAUUGCCUACAAUACACUGUGGAUAAUUUGAAAGAAAAGUCUGAAUAUUGGUUUAGAGUGUCGGCGGAAAAUGAAGCUGGUCUUGGUGCACCAGCCGUAACCGAAAGUAUUGCCUUGAAAACACAUGCAACGGUUCCCUCACCGCCCACAGCACCCUUGGAAACAAGAGUUAUUGCCGCCAAUGCUCAUGUAUUCGAAUGGGGUAUACCCGAGUCAGAUGGUGGUGCGCCUCUGCUCGGCUAUCACAUUGCUAUACGUGACAUGAAGAAGAGCAUGUGGAUUGAGGUGGGUCGUGUACCAGCCGGUGUACAGAAAUUCCAAAUUAGAGACUUACAGGAGAAUCAUGAGUAUAUGAUUCGUAUCUUUGCCAAAAAUGAAAUUGGUCUAAGUGAACCGUUGGAAUCGGAGGAACCAUACAAGGCAGUAACAUUAGGUCUCGCUAGUCUACCAGACGAACCUCGUACUGAAAUGAGUUCUUGUAAUACAUCAUCUUGGUUGCGUGACCAUCAUAUGGAUGCGGAUAUACAUUCAUAUGCUCGCGGUAAAUUAUUGCGACGCGAUGAAUACUUCUUCCGCAUUUGGGCUAAAAUGCCAAAAAAGAAAAAGAAUUCAAAAUAAAAUAAUUCUUAAACAGAAAACCAAUAAACUAACUCAUUAAUGACCAAAUAAAUAAAUUAAAAAAAAUUGUAAAUUUAUAAAAACUACAACAAAACAACAACAAAAACGUUAAAAAAAACAAACGACGAAACUACUACUUACUUAACUACUUACUUAACUACUUACCUAACUACUAAUUCAUAAGUUCAGUUUAAUAGUCUAGAAAUUUUUCUACUUUAAAAACACAACAACAACAAAAAACUCAUCUAAUUU